AUGGGGAAAGCAGAUGGAGCUGCCAGAAUGAGUGCAAAGGAUUUAUAUGGUAAGUUCUUACAAUUCAGAUUCUUACAUUAAUAAAAUUUGCGACAGUAUAGCAUGCCAGAUCCAGCUUUGUGUGUUGGAAAGUGAGAAUUAACUUUACGAUGUGGGGAAGUAAUAUUCUUUGUUGGUUUUUUACAGUGAGUCAUGAAACUGCCAUUGCGCGGAGUGUUUCUGUUUGCUCUGAAAGGUGUUGGAGCAACACUGGAGGGUUAUAAGGGUCAGAGGUUUGUGACUGCAGCAGGUUUCCGAGGCCCUCUGUUCUAAAAGUAACCCUGUACAUUCCUGAACCAGCUCCUUCUGGAACUCACUGGUAUUUGGGAAAUGACAUGGCAUAAAUAACAGUCACGAUAUGAUCAGUGAUUGUGACUAUGCUUUACCCCCACUAUUGCAAGCAAUGCGUUUCUGAACACUAGUUGCAGGAAACUGCAGAAGGAGAGAGUGCUGUGGCUUCCCACAGGCUCCUUGUGGGCCACUGUAAGAAGGAUGGGCCGCUGGCCUGAUUCUGCAGGCUCUUCUCCUGUCCAAGCCAGUGUUUUCCUCCAUUCUUCCAUUCCAUGACAUUUGUGGAUUUGCCAAGCAGGACCAUAACACUUUCCUGUACACCUUCCUUGAGAGCAUUUUUAAAAAGAAAAAUCAUUUGUUUUACAUUAAUAUUGCCACCAUUUCGCCUGUGGUAUGGCUGGAGUGUUGAGGGUUGCCACCACAGUAUUAGCUGAGCAUCAGACUCUCUGGAAGUGUACUUAUUAUGGAGUUAAAAUGAACUCUUUAAAGUGUAUGAGUUCCCAGACCAGCUUAAGACAGAAAUGUUUGCUGUUAUUAGCAGUUUAAUGGAUUAUGGUCCUUAAUUAGAUAUUGUGUAACUUUGAAAUAACUCACAUCCUUUCAAAUGUGUAAGAGAGAAUUGGCUUGCAAGCAAUAGUGUUCUAGAUGGCAGGAGGUUCCUUAGACAAACAAAUUCUUCAUUGUCAGCAAUGGUUUUAUAGGCUGGCCUGGUGUUAAUGGUUGGCAUAGUCAGGCCCUUUUUGGGAUACCGCCUCUUGCUGUUACUACCUGCCUUAGGUGAAAUUCUUCCUAGCUACUGACUUGGCUGCCCAUUUUAUAGGCGGCCUUACUUGUCAUGAGCAAGCCUUUCCAACUACUCCCUCACAAGACUCCCUAUUCUUGCUGUAGCAGCAUGUCGUGGUUGCCAGGGCAACCAAGCCAAACUUCCCUGCCUACUUCAUCUUGUUGCCUCCCCACUCCUGCAUCUCUGUUGAUAUUAGCCCUGUCAUUGGGUAGGCAGACAGCCUUUCCCCCUGUUUUGUGCUAGUUCCCAGCUCUUGUUCCCUUUACCUGGAUGGCCAGGUAAGCUCAAGCAGUGUCCUCCCACACGUGUUUCUAUCCUAUGAUGAUGGAGAGGGUCAAGAGAGUGAGAAUGGGAGCCAUAAUCGCCAACUUGCUUGCUUUCUGUUGGUGGGACACUCCUAAUAUUUUUUUCAAAGAGAUUGCUAUUCAUAGCCCUAAGGCAUCAUUGUUUAUAGUUUAUUCUUUGCUGGAGGUGGGGAGGAUGCUAGCAUUUUAAAGUGGCUUGUAGUGAUUCAUCUGAAGUAGGGACAGAAAAACAAAUAGGCAGUCAAGUCACAUGAGUAGCACAUUGGUUUCAUCCCCCUGUGUCUUCUGUGAUUCCUGAUAUAAUCUAUUUUGUAUGAGCCACUCAGCUAGCUACCAUAGAUUAAGCAACUUGCUUUCUGAUGCUGCCGGAUUAACCGAAGUCUGCUAAGGACCGUCUUUCUUUGCUUAGUAGAAAGCAGGACAAACAGGGUAUUAAGAAAAAUGUAUCUUGUCUAACCAGAUCAUCAGAAGAAAAAAUCUAUUGUCUAAAGGUCAGGUUCUGCAAGUAUGAGGAAUUUCAGCUGAAUUUUAGUUGCGCAGUCAGCUGUUGUGUAUGCAGUUGGUUAUUAUGACCUUGGAAUUUAUGAGCUCCAAUGUUUUGUUAGCUAACUAGCUAGUUGGAGGCAUAUUAUUUUAUAUAGAUAUAUAUAGCAUUAAAAUGCUCAAAUGAAAGUUAAACAGAACAGAAUCAAAUAAUUCCUUAAAACUAGUAAAUAGGUUUGUUGUCAUACAGUAUGCCCUUUUGAUAAGCCAUCAGAGGAACUUAGGAAGCUGCCAUUUACUGAGCCAGACCAUUUGUUUUUCUAGCUCGUUAUUGUCCAGGGCUCUCCAUGGUUUCAAACAAGGGACAUUCCCACUCCUGCUCUGAUAUUCUGGGGUUUGAAACUGGAAUCUUCUGCGUGAAGCAGGUGUUCUACCACUGAGCUAUGGUCCUCCCUCCUCUCCCUGGUUCUGUUUUCAUUUACUUGGUAUUAUUAUUAUCUUAAUUGAAUUAAAAUACAAAUAGAUUAUGCGUGACAAGAUUUCUUCAUUCUAGGCUGUGGGAGGAGGGCACAAGGAUUAUAGGAGCUCUGAAGGUUAAGGAAGCAAUGCUUCCUAAAGGCACCUGAGAUCUGGAGAUGAAUAGGCCCUCUUGUUACUCUUCCCUCAGGAUUCUCACAUCACCCAAGGUGAUCAAGGAAUGCAUUCGACAAAGCAUUGUGAGCCUGGUCAAGCUUUGAUCACUUGGCCAUACAGGGCAUUCUGGUGUACACCAAAAGAGUUGGGAGUGACACACUGACUUGUAUGCACAUAUUAUUAUUAUCCAUAUUGAUUCAUCACCAUAUACCCAAAAUGGUUUUAUGGUGACUUACAACAGGAGUAUAGAACAGACAAUAAACACACAAUUAAAAUUAAAGAACACCGAGUUUAAUAAAAUCCCCUCAACUCCAAGAUCUUCAUAAAAUACCUCAUUAGGAAAUGCCAGCAGCAGUCCUGCAAAAUUGUGUAUAUGUUUUGAGAAUGUGACAGGUAUUUAUGAGAAGUGUGACUAUUAGUUUAAGAAAAUUGCAAUUGAAUGUUAACAUGAGUACAGAUAUCAGACAGCAGUUCUAAACUGUACUCUGCAGAGCUCUAGAGUUCCAUGGGAGCUUAGCAAAGAUUCUGUGUGAAGUAAUAGACAAGAUGCCUGGUAAAUUCCCCUUCUUUCCCUUGCAGUUAUUACCAACAGCAGAAUAGUCCCACUUGCAGGGCCGGCCCACCCAUGAGGCAAGGUGAGGCGCCCACCUCAGGCUGCAGAAUCCACCAGGACAGCAGAUCCCAAUGUAGAUCUUUCUUUCCACCUUGCUCCUGAUGUAGAUUUUCCCUCACCCCUUCUUCCCUGGUGGAGAGGGGGAUGCUAUUUUGGCAUCUGCCUCAGGUGCCAAAAUGUAUUGGGCCGGCCCUGCCCACUUGCAUAAUGUGGGGCUGCAGCCGUGGUUUUAUGGGGUUGUAGGCUGCGGAGCCUGCAAAUUAUUUGCAGGAAAUACUUGCCACUGCACAGAAACCUUAAUUUGCCCACAGUUUUACCCCUAGAUAUUUUGUCACUACCAAGUGACCUCAGUCUGAGUUGUCAUUGUGUUAAAGGCCUCCUUUGCUGCAGGACUCAGUGCUUAGUUUGCUAGAUGAAACGCUGAACAAAGUGCUUAUUAAUAAUUCAAAAGGAGGAGGAGGAGGUUGAUACAGAAAAUAAAUACAGGAGGCACUUGUCGCUUGUAUUGUUCUGUGGCUAUUCAUAGAGUGGCACUAGUGAUGAUGAUGAAACAGGCAGGGAGCAGAGCACUGAAAACAGACUAUGCCUCCUCUCGCAUGCACUGUUCCUAGAUGGCUUGCUCAGGUCUUAUACUCGACACCAAAAAGGCAUCCCUUACUGAACUGUUCCCCACCCCCACCCCAUGACAGCUUCUAGGUGUCUAAAUGGCAGCCUUCAGUGUUCACCUUACUUCCCUUUGUUUGUUAUGUUUUCUGAUGACAGAUUUUGGGGUUCAUAAUUCUCACUCCUGAAGCUAAAGCAACAAAGAAUCUCAUGGUACCUUAAUGACUAGCAAAAAUGUUUCCAUGGACUGCAGUCCAUUUUAUGCAUUUGUCUUAUUAUUACAUUUAUACCCCACCUUUCCUUCAGUGAGGUUUCCCCCUUCUCCAUUUUAUCCUCACAAACAACCCUUUGGAGUAGGUUAGGCUGAGAGACUGUGACUACGACAUUUGCAGGAAACCCGCCAAAUAAUGGUUUAAGAGAGUAUUGAAAAAAAUCAGAUAAGAUAAGAUCACUGCAGAAAAGUUAAUGGGUGGUGUUCAAGUAAUUCAUCUUGUCAAUGAAUCACAAAGAUUUCUGCUUAUGCAACAGGACUUCUCCCCCUGUGCAUGUGAGGAGAAGAGGGGAAUAUUGUGCAAGCAGAAAUCCUUGUGUUUAUUUAUCUUUUUUUUUUUUAAAUGUUUUUAAACUGCUGUAUCAUAAAAAAUACAUCACAGUGGUUUGCAACAAUAUAAAAGCAUAAAAACAGACAAUAAAAUAGUAAAUACUAAAAACAAAUUUAAAGUAAUAAUAAUAAAAACAAGCAUCAAUAGACCAUUGUGGGGGGUGAAUUCUUAACUGCUGGCAUAGGCUUGGUGGAAUAGAAAAGUUUUGAGCAGGUGUUUAAAAGUUGGCACAGGAGGUGCCCCCUGAACCUCUAUUAGCAGUGUGUUCCACAGGACUGGGGUGGUAACACAAAAGGCUCAGUUUCUUGUUAUUUUCAAUUGAGCCCCAUCAGCUUGGAGAAAGAUUGACUGGAGAUGCUCCUGCAGAUGAUCUCAGUGUCUGAGCUGGGCUGUAAGGGUUCAGGUGAACCCUGAGAUAUCCUGGAUCCAAGUUGUUCAGGGCUUUGUAAAUCAAUACAAGAAUACUGACAGAAUGUUCACAUACUGCUACUUGGGAUAAGACUCUUAUAUCUUUGCUUUACACCUCAUUUUUGAAAAUACACCUGAUCUUUUCUUGUCUAAAUCUUGCAUAAGUAGAGCCCUGUUGGAUCAGGCCAAAGACCCAUCUAGUCCAGCAGCCUGUUCUCACAGUGGCCAGUCAAAAGCCUAUGGGAAGCCUGAAAGCAGAGACUGAUGCGUGAAAAUAGCAGGCAGCUAUUGGUGUGCUAAGUAACAGCAAGUUGCCAUGACCAGAUGGUAUCCACACCAAGGAUUCUGAAGGGACACAAAACAGAUUAUUGGACUAUGUUAUCUGGACCGAAAGGUAGCUAAUGUAAUGCCAAAGUUACAAAAAAUAGACCCUUAGGCAAUUCCAGAAAUGACAAUAUAUUUAUUAGCCUAUAAUUCGCUAUACAAAACUGUGCUUCCAUUUGCUGAUGUGCCCUGGAAGGAUGUUGGACUUUCAUGCUGAACAUUAAGGAUGCUUUUCUGUUGCAUCUCUCUCAGUUGAUUUAAUAACUUCUCUCUGCACUGUGGAUAAACAUACCCAAUUAUCUGAGGUCUUGAGCAAGUAGAUGUUAAAAUACUAGCUAAAUAUAUGGAAAUACAUUUUUUGCAUUCCUAAAAGUCACUUAUUUGUGUUUAUGCUUGCGUAAAUAGAAGGUGUGAUGUUGGAAAGUUUAUUCAGUGCCUGCCUAAUGAGUUAAAUGAAGGGGUGCUAGUAUUCCAUUUCAUCACAUGGGUGUUGUGAGUCCAUAUCCGCUAGCAGCUGUGAAAUAUUCAGGCUGUUAUGGUGAUAAUAGGGUUGAUACAGAAGUCCUUAAAAAGGGGGGGGCACAUGGAGCACUUUAACACUCUGGCAGUGCAAUCAAGAAGCUGUUUCUAUAUAUUUAUUCUGUCUUCUAGCCACAAGAAUAGAUUACAUGGCCUGUCCUACACUCUUUGUUUGGGGGCUAUAGAUGUGACGUCUGAUGUAGCAUAGUGGCUUAGAGGUAUGAGCCAGGAAGUCCCUGGCUUGAAUCACAUCUCUGCCAUGGAUUCGCAAGGGGCCUCAACAAUGUGUCUAUUUAUUUAGCUUCAAGCCUGCUAUGUUGCAGAAUGGAGUUAACAAAACCUUACAGGGUUGUUGUAAAGAUGACUGUGUGCAUUGAACACUCCAAAGUACUUGUGUUGUUUCUUAUAUUUUGGGGACAUGGCAGCCCUGUAGAAUGAGGAAAUAUAAUAUUGUGUCUUCAGUCCCUGCUCUGAUAGUAGUAACAAGAGCUGGUGAAUGACCCUUCCUCCUACUUGCAUGAAUGAAUGAAUUGCCCUUCCUCUGCCACAUGUGUCCCUUGGGGUCACGAAGGGUACUGGAUGCUCACUGCCUUUGGCAACUAAAACACGGGCAUCUCAUGUGCUUAGCUCCAUACUCUAGAAGAGUUGCCAGAAGCACUUGCUGAAAGAUCCCUCCGCUUACAGGUACAGCAAGUAGCUCUCAGGUUACUACCUCAUUCAAUUCGCAGCUGCCAGCUGAAUAAAUGUUAAUGUGAACCAUGAAUAAAUAAAGUCACUUCUCUGCUUACUGGCUUCUAUUCUGAACCAAGAUGAAAGGACAUUGGAGGGAAAUCCAUUAUUUUCCUGGUAAGCUCAAGAGAAUGUCUGGGGAGGAAGUACUUUGGAAUAAUAGUGGUUUACACAACUGGCGUGUUGCUGCAUUUUCUGUCACAUUAGCAAUCUCCUCUGCCCCCUGCUGCAAUCUCCCCACCCCCCACGCCGUCAGCUAAUGGUAAACACUUUGCAAAAAUAAUAAGGAACCUACAGGUAGCUCUAGCUUCUUAAUCAUUCUGGCUGGUUUGCAUAUAACAUUGAACCAGGGCUGGCCCUAGAUAUUUUGGCACUUGAGGCAAACUACAAAAUACCCACCACCAUCCCCAACAGGGAAAAAAAGCAUGUGUGAAAAUCUACAUCAGGAACAAGAGAGGAAUAAAGAUCUGCACUGGUAACAAGGAUGGCAGGAGAUCAGCAGUGCCUCCUAUUCACCAAUGAGAUCUGGCUUCCAAUGAGCAUGCCACAGCUAUCACUGCCACUGCAGCAGUGGCGGUGGCAGCAGCAACAGCAGCAGCAGGUGGCAGUGCAUUCCUUGGAGGCCAGAUCUGCUGCCCCUGCGGAUCCUGCCACCCAAGGUGUUUGCCUCACAUUGCAUCAUAGGUGGGCUGGCCCUGCACUGAACCAUGGUUUAGCACUUCAUUAUCUAGCCUGAGCAAAGUUUUCAACUCACACACUUCCCCCACCCCCGCUGCUGCUCGUCAUCUCCUCUAGCAUGUCCAAGAGGAGGAUUUCUGCCAGCUUUAGUUUCACUUUGAAAUAAUCUUAGUUUAGUGUUACAGAACUUGGUUUAAAACAAACUCUGGCUAGUUUAAUAAGUCAGCUUCACAAUCUAUGGCUUGAUGUUGAUUUGUUAUUAACCUUACCACAGGUUGUUUUGAACCAGGAUUCCUGGUUCAAAUGCAACACUAAGCUGAGAUUCUUUAAAAAUAAUAUUAAACUUGGUAGAAGUUCUCCUCCUGGCUGUGCCAGAGGAGGAGAGUGGAGGGUGGAGUGCAUCCAUCUCACGUUUCACUCAGGCUUAUUUAGUAGCAGACAGUGUGAUGUGGCUGCGCAAUUCACCUGACCUCCCUCCAGCUGAGUUGGGGUGCAGAGCGGGAGGGAGUAGGUGAUAAUGAGGUUGGCAUGGUGCAAAUAUGCCAGCAAGCUUGACUCCAUGGGCACAUUUGCACUGCACUGACCUCAUCACCACCACUUGUCCCUUCACUGUCUCCAUCCUGGAAUGCAGCAGGGACUCCACCAGAAGGAGGUCGUGAGCAGUGCAGCCCAACCCUGCCAUCAGCUACUGGGCUUGUUGAUGUUUGUCCGUAUAGUGCUAAACUAUGGCUUAGUGUUAUGUGCAAAUGUGGUUCAGUUCCACAAACCUGUUUGCUAUAAAUCCAUCCCAUUUUCUCUCAGGCUGGGGAUGUAGCAAUUCUACAUAGUCCAGUGGGAUCUCAAUUUUUAUAAGAUCCAUACUGUAUUAUAAACCCAAGCAGGAAAUACCCAGAAGGAUGAACAGAGAGCCUGAGGAGGAUACAAAGGAAGCCUCUACUGCUAUUAACAUUUCUGUAGUAUCAACUGGUGCUGUAUUGAAUGGAAAAGUGGGGUGGUGAGAACUACGUUACAGAUGGGAAGGAGAGAGGGAAGAGACUGAAAAUGUAUGGUAGGAAGCAAGGAAAGUGUGGAGAAGAUUUCAAUGUGUGUGGUUCUUGGUAUACUGUAUGUGUCUAUCAACGUAAAUAUGCUGGUGCCCUGAUGGAUGCAUCAAAUUUGUGACAGUGUUUCCAGUGAAGCGGAAAUUUGGUACCCAAAGUCCAGCAUGCCUUGAUUACUACAAAAAAAAUAAAUUGGAUAUUUUAACCUCUCUCAGACAAAACUUAAGACAUGAACUCUGCCUCAAAAUGGCAGUCAGCAUCCACCUCCCUUUAGUAUACUUUAACUACCUUUGGAUGGCAGAAGGAAAUAAUUGCAGCAUCUGCCACCGGAAAGUAACCUACAAGCCCCCUUGCCCCUCCUACCUUUGCAACCUGUUUUCUACUUUAUUUGUUCAAAAUAUGUUUUUGUCUGUUUGUUCAUUCAAAUGAGGGUUUAGCAAUAAGUCUUAUAACAUCUGGUUGAACCUUCUAAAAUGUGUUGUUUUUAAUGUAGAUUUUUCUAAUGGCCACAAAGGGACAAGUGUGUGUCUCAGUUACUGUGAUUUGAAGGUUAUAGAAAUGAGAUGCUAUAAGGGUUGCUCAUAGCUGAAUGUGUCCAAUCUGAAGUGGAUGCCAGCCUUGAAGAGUGUUAAAGCACUUUACUUGCAAUAGCCAAGCUAGAUGAUGGAACACUCACCUGAAAAGCAGCUGCCUGCAAGGCAAGAUCACUUGACACAAGAAACUACAGGUAACCCAAGAAAGGUUUUAGUGCUUAGUGUAACAGAACACGGUAGGCCAGCAUGAGGGGCACAGUCAUUCCCACAUGACUGCCCGGGGUCAGAAUGGAUGCUUUCUGAAUGCUUCACACCUUCUGGUGCUUUUCAGUCAUGAGCUCAUAUGUGAGAUCGAAUAAUGAAAAGGACUAUUUAGUGACUCCUCAGGCACGUGAUAGAGACAUCCAUCUACCACUUACACACACAGAGUGACCUAUGCAGUCCAGACCUCUGUGCUGCAGUAGAUACCAGAUACACUGUCGUGAGCUGCUUGCAGAGUGACAGCUUCAGUACCUUAGCACCUGAUUCCUAAUACUGUUUAUUGAUUUCUGUGGGAUUGAUUUCCAGGUUAAUAUGUUUAGGAUUGGAGAUUUUGGCACUGGUCCUAAGCAUCCUUAUUGGAAUUUGUUCCCAUUGUGAACUGUGGAGUUUGCUUCUGAGUAAACAUGGGUGGGAAGGGGAGUUGCAAGGCUUCUAACAAUGCCAGGCUCCCCUCUUCACACCAUAUGCUGGUGGCGGUGGCGGGUGUGUGUGUGUGUGUGUGUUGUUAUGUGAAUAUUGUAGCUCUGCAACUCCUGGUAAGUAAGAAUGAUAAUUGACCACUGAGUGCAAUGUACUGUUGGCCAAAGAUUAAAUUGCAGCCCAUGUGACCACAGACAGAUACCAAAGAUUCUAUGCUUUGGUAGCCAUGGAGACAAAUAUAUUAUUUCAGCAUCAAGAAACAAUUAUUCAGAUAGCAAAUACUUUGGGGAUUAGGUGUCUUCAGUAAGUAACUGAUUCCCUGUGACUUGCUGAAUAUUAUACUGUUGCUGGUGUACGGCUGGUCAGGGUCACAGUAUUCGCUGCAGUUUGGCAUUGGUUAUAUCUUUUUAAGCUGUAAGUACUAGCCACUGGUGUCUGUGUGUGUUGAUGGGGGUGGUUGCUGAUUCUUCUUUCUUAUGCUGUCUUCCCAGUGAGAAUUUCCCCCUGGUGCUAUUUGGAAUGGGAGGGGAGCUGAUGACUGUGUGAAGAAAGGCACUCAUUGGCCCCUCCAUUUCUCUAAGCCAGCUUGUCACAUAUAUCCUGCCAGUCUUGUCAAGCAAAAAAGGGUACUUGAGAGAGACUGCAGAACCUGAGCACCUGGCUCUAGCUUUGCAUUGGCCAGCAAGGGUCAAAAGUCAUUCCCACAAAAGAAGGGAGGGAGACUUUAAAAAGCUGAACUGCUCUGCAGUGUGUUCCCUCCCAUCACCAGGGAUCCAGGUGUUCCCACUCACCAUCAGGGACCCACAUUAGACUUUUCUUUGAAGCAGAACUUGUAAGUAAAUUGGAAUCAUUAUUUUGUUGUGGCUAGGCUAAGAUUAGUCCAAUUUGAGAACCAUCGUGCCCUGGUUUAUUUUGUAUUCUGUUUUGACCUUCUGUCUGUUUUCUCCUUGAUGAAGUGUGUGUGACUGCCAACCUCAGGGUUUUAGACUCCCCAUGCGCCUAGAUGCUUGGAAUUCAUGCUACUACUAAAAGUUUAGGAUCAGAAUUGUAAGACACCAGCAGACUCUUCUGAGAUCUGGGAAGGACUCAGGGAGUGGGGCCUGCCUUUACAACUAUUGAGUAACCAACAAGGGAAGUGUCUGAGAAAUGCAGGGUGCAUUUUCUGGGUUUUAAGAAGCCUAGUGAGGGGUCUGCAGGGAAAAACAAGCAAACUGCUUUGAUCUUGGAUUAAGAUAAGGCAGCUGGAAGCUAGCCCUGAUUUCCCCAGCAAUUUGUGUGGGUUGUAUAGAGGAGUGCUGGGUGCACGGACUGAGAAUUUUUUUUUUUUAAGUCAUCACUUUGAUGCAUCCCGGUUCCCUCCCAUUUGGGCUGCAGGAAGAAAGUGAGAGGGUGGUGGCAGAAACUACCAGAGAGUAAGACCCACUGCGGCAGCACUGCAGGGCUGUUGUUUUACAGUUGGACAGUGAAGCGGGUGCGAGGGGCUUCUCUCGAGUGUCCCUCCUUCGUCACAAUGUGAACUCAAGUCAUCUGAAGCUAAUGCCAUUAAUUUGUUUGUCUUUGAGAUGCUACACAACUGUGUGUGUGUGUGUGUGUGUGCUCGCGCGCUUAUUCCUACAAUCUCCCUGAGAAAGCUAUUAGCAGAGUAGAUCUAGGUUAAUGGAAUGGUGCCAUUGGAAUGCCUAGGGACAUUAAUUCCAGAUCCCCCCACUCCCCUGCCUUGAAUAACUCCAUUGUUUGUCUCAACAUCUCAGCCGUUACCAUUUCAGUUUCUCCUUUCAAACUCUCCCCCCCCCCGCCCCACCAUUGAUCACAGUUUCAGAUUAUUCUCUGGUACAGUUCUCCACUCACUAGCAAUGUUUCUUAAUGUUUCCAUUCCUACUAUCUCCUUUGAGAAAAGAAGCAGAAACCGUCCGUCCGUCCCUUACAUGCACUGGUUGAAAAUAUGAUUGAAAAUAAAUACAAGGAGGCACAGUGUUGAUCUAAACACAUAAAAAUCAAUAGAGGUGACUUUGUUGCUUUGUUAUGAUGCCUGGUGUGCCACUUAGCUGUGAAGUGGUGACCACUAUCUGAAACCCUGGAGAGCUGCUACCUGUCGCUGUACACAGUACUGAGCUAAUAGACCAAUGGUCUUAGGUGAAGAACCACAACUCCACUGUGAUAGACUACAGGCAGGACAAUUUUAGAAAGAAAAGACUUCUUCCAGAUCAUUCGCAUUCUUGCUUUUAUACUCUCUCUACCUCUGACUUCCACUGUUGCAAAUUGGUGGAUAUCACCAACACAUUUCCCCUUCUUCAAAACCCUAUUUCCCCAUUUUAUAGUAUCUGUGGCAUGAACACUAUGCUGUUAGCAUAUUUAGUGACUUUUCUAUGGAAGUUGUAAAUCGUUCAUGAGAAACUUCAACCCAGGAUAAUAAGCACCUUGGCGCUAAAGGCUGUAGCUAUAAGAGCACAUAGUGCACCAACAGAACUUCCAACAACAUCCUGUUCUUGGCAAGGUUACUCUGCUACCUACCAGCUGCAACCCUAAAAAUUUGCCACCAAUUUAGCUGCCUCUGAUGAAGCUGAAAUGCCUUCAGGUUAGGGUUGUCCAAAGACAUGUCCACGCCAAACUCUGCCAAGUCACAAAUUCUGGGCUAGAUAGCAACUUUGAGCAAUACUGCUCUUCUCUACUUUGUGUACUACCAGUGCACUCCAGCUGAAUGCAGGUUGUGACUCUGCGCUAGCUUUAUAUUUGCAUUAUGUAUGAUACAAAAGCAAAACAUGCUUUUGGUGUCAACCAAAUUUGCAACACUUGGCAUUUAAUCUAGAGGACAUGCGAAAAAGGCUGAAACUGCACUGUGAAUCAGGAAGUCCCUGUUUUAGCUAGCUGGCAAGUAAGUCUCUCUCUCUCUGCCUUAAUUUCCCCAUGUACAGUGUGUGUGUGUGUGUGUGUGUGUGUGUGUGUACUACAAAAUUGUUGUAAUGGUUACAACUUGAUAAUGCACAUGAAGCAACUUGAAUGCAAUGAAAAUGUAAAGGGAUAUUAUUGAAUGCCUUGGCGUGUUAGAAUUGCUCAGAGCUUUUCACCGCAUGGGUACUUUGCACAAGAAGGAAAUGUUGGCUGUAUUUGUGUUUGCUCUCCUUGCUUGCUUUAUAUCUUUAUCUAAUAAACAAAGGAAUGCAAGCACUCCUCGCUGAUGCUGGGGUAAAUAUUAAGCAUGAUGGAAAGGAAUUUAGCAGUGCAACUCCUCCUAAAGCCUGCCAGCAUACUGUCAAUAAAGCAGUGCAUUGCUAUCGGAACAGACAUAAAAACAAGCCUGAGCCAAACCUCACUGAAAAUCACAGCAUGUAUUCCAUCAAUGUCAAUUGAGAGACUGACCUUUUAAUCAGGAGCCCACUGUGAUGGUAUUGCCAUGUCCUUCUUCCUAACAGCAGCAGGCUAUGCAGAAGCCUCUGGGACAGCUGAAAGUGCGUAAGAAGCUUAUAUUUCCUAAGGGUAAUUUAAUAUAGUACAUUUUUUCCUACCUGGGGAUAAUCCUUAUGUAGAAAAAAGUAGGUACAUUGUCAUGUACAGCACAACAUGCUUUUUUACAGUCACAAGUACAUGAAUGUGGCAGCUAACAUGCACAGCAGCACCUGACAUUCACAAGAGGGGCUGCUCCAGUUUGGCAUAGAUGGGAAACAGAAACAAUGCAUGUAUUCUUUAUUUGCUAAUUCAGUAGGUGUCUGCAGCCUAGACUCCUGGGCACUAUAAUACAUCUAAGCUGUUUUGAUCUUUCAGGGGUUUGUCAACCACCAUGAACAACCAAAGAGCAGCUAGAGUUGCCACUAAAGCAGAAAUGAAUUUGCUCCUCAAAAAAUCGUCUUUAAAUUAUUCAUUGUGAACUUUCGACAUGGAAUAUUCAUUGGAUAUUCUCAGAAUCUAGUAUCUAUAAUUGGCAUUAGAUUAUAUUGGAGUCCAGCCUUUGGUAUCUGGCUGCUGAUGGUAUUUGGUACUUGGUAUGCAAUGAUAUUUGAGACACCUUAUGCAAUAUCAUAUUUAAUGCUGCCAAAAUGGGGAAAAAACAAUUUAAACAAACCAAGAAUGCAUUCAAAUUUCAAGAUAAAAAUUGAGUAAAAUGUUGCCAGAUUUAAUUUAAAUCAAGCUUUUAUGUUUUUUUCUGGUAUAAAGUCUGCAGUUUUUCCAAGCAGGAAGAUGUAGUGAUGGCAAAGCUUCACCUACUCCAUUUCUGUUUCUGCUGCCAAAAAAAGAAAUGCAGCAACCCAUCACUUGUGCUCAUUACUGCAAUGUAUAAUUCAAUACUGCUGGCUGCUACCUUCCUAAAUAGCUACCUUUUAGUGUAACCCAUGGGUGGAGCUUGGCAGUUUCAUGGGGCAUGUGCUUGGUUGGAAACAAUCCUGCUCUGAAACUGAGAGUGCUCCAGGCUUUGGCGUAUAGUGCAAUAAUGACUGUGAUAAUAAAGGAACUCUUACGCAAUAUUUUCCAUCUUUGAAACAUACUUAACAGUGUGGAUCUGCUCACUCUUGUUACAUUGAAGUGUCACUGCAUAUAUGCAGGUAGCAUUUUAAGAACUUUAUGGUAGAUACAUUAAAUUGUGUACCUUGGAUUCUAUGAGCUAACAAAUGCAGUUGGUCCUCUCUGCAAUAAAACUAUUAUUAUUAUUAAUAAUAAUAAUAUUAAUAUUUGUGUGUGUGGCACUUCUAUGGUUAAAAAUAAACCCCUUUCCACAAUCAAUACACAAUAUAAAUAUUUAGCUUCAAAUACAAUAAAAUGACAACGUUUCAUGCUAUCGUUUAUUUUUACAUACCUGUGUGUAAAACUUGGUAUGCCAGGUGAGAAAGAACAGGUAAGAACUAGAAAUAAUUCUAAAAGCACAUCCAGCCUAGCAAAAACACUUAUGUUCCAUACAUUUUUCACCAGGAUCAUUUUCUAAAUGCAACAACCCAAUAAAAUCCUGUUUAAUACAACAGAACAGAAACAAGUCUUUAGGGCAGCUGGCAUGAACCUGUGGCCCUUCAGGUGCCAUUGGACUCUGAUUCCCAUCAGUUCCAGCCAGCAGAGGCUAUGGAAACUGUAGUCCAGCAGGUUCCCUAGCCUUGCUUUAGGGACAGGCAGCAGGCCUGCAAGUUAUGAGGCUUGAUGAAGCCUUACUGGCAAAGCAACCCACAAGCAUGGACCCAUUGCCAAAAACCAAAAACCCUCUUCUUUGUGCCCACCAUCCGAGUUGUUCCUACAGGCAGGCUUGUGAGUAGAGCUUCAGAUGAAUGAUCUCAGUGCAGGCAGGCUAAUAUGGGCCAAAUUAAUCCUUCAAGUAACUUGGUCUCCAGCUGUUUAAGGGUUAAUACCAGCCCUUUAAAUGGGAUGCUGGUUAUGUUCACACACACACAAUUAUGAUUUAAAAACACCUGAGCCAACACAUAAGAGAUCUCUCUUUAUUCUAUUAUUAAGCGUUUAGUGGUGUAUGUGUGUUUUCUUUCAAAGUCUUGUUUUGCUCCCAGUAUCAGUAAUGGUGAAAGAGAGAGACACACACCCCAGUAUUUCAAAUAUAAUCUGCAUUUCUUCCUGUUCUUUGGGUGUGUCCUGGAAGAUAGAGAAACGAUGCUGCGGAAUGAAUAGAAAGCAUUGGCAAAAGUGGUGUUUCUUCCCCUUAGUCAAUAUUUGUUUCUCACAUUUGGUGGGUUUGUAUUUAUUUCUGCUUUGCUGCCAGGUGAAAAAAAUAAAGCCAAAAUAAGCAGAAAGAGAUCUCCUAGAACCUGGAUUGUAUAUGGCUGUUAUAAACUGGGCUGAUAUGCAACAGUCUGUUUAUUUUUCUAGGUUGUGGGGGUUUUUUGGAGGGGGGAACAGAUCUAGUUUAUAACUAGAGUUGCCUUCUGUUAUGUAGUAGUCUUAUCCUCCACGGACCUGUAUAAUCCCCUUUUAAAGUUGUCUAUCACUACAUUUUGUGGAAGCAAAUUCCCUUGUUUAACUAUGUGCUAUGUGAAGAAUCACUUUUUUUUAAUCUGUCUUGAAUCUUCCACAAUUCAGCUCAGCUCAUACUUAACUGGUAUGAUUUGAUAAGUGUCACUUGUUGAUUUUUGCAUAUUAAGUUGCUGUUAAAGCACAGAAGCAAGCCAGUCACUAAUCAUCACCUACUAUGGAUGUAAAACUAGAGUCCCGCUUGCUACAGCAGGUGGGUAAAGAGGAUGAGGAAGAAUGAGAGGUGCAAAUGCAACAUCUUUGCUUAAUCUCAUGGAGCAUUCAGAGGCUAAGGCAGAACCUAAGUGAAAAUUUAGCAGCUCUAACUGGAUAUCACACUAUUGUCUUUGAAUCAGGAGCUGCAGGAUUUGUCCCACAAAGGGUACAAUGUAGUAGGGACACAGUUUGAAUUGCCUGGCUGGAUUAGUAAACAGCAUAAAUAAAUGUGAUGAUGAAACAAAAGGGCGCACUCAUUGUGUUCCUGUUGGGUGAAGCUUGUAGCAUAAUGGAAAUAGGGCAGGAAAAAAACACAGAUUAGAUAAUAAACCAACAAACCAAAGAAUAUGAGAGAGGGAGAGAGUAAGAGGCUUGCCAGGUGUGUUUUUAGAAGAGCCUGAUUAUCAUCUGAAGAUAGCAUCUCACAGCAACAAAGCAACAUUGUUCUAGUUCUGUUGUAUUUAAACAGAAGUCAAUGGCUCCCCACAAAGGAAAAUGGAAACGUUUUAUUUUCCUCUUGCCUUGUCCAUCUUACAACUGUGUUCUUUGGAUAUAUGAUACUUAUUAACCACAGCUUAGAGCCUUGGAGAGUUUCUUCCAACCUGAAUAACAUUGAGGCAGCUAAUAUCACAUGAAUAUAAGCGUAAUAAUACUAGAGAAAAUCCCUAAGAGGUGAACCAGAUCGAUCAGCUUCCCUGCUCCUCUUUGGCACAGAAGCAAUGCAAAAGACUCAGAAGUGGGGGUUCUGAAUUUGUUCUGCUGAUGCAUCUGCACAGCUCUGUUAUGGUGUGUGUGGCUGCACCCACAUGCAUGUCCAGCACUCACAUGUUUUCAGCGCACUAUGCUGAGAGGAUUGGAAUCUUUCUCUGGAGUCAGUACAUGUGUCCAUUACGAAUGCAUGUAAACCCUUAACUUUAUGCCCCAUAAAGAAGUUGUACACGCCAAGAAGUAGAGAAAGCUUGGUUUAUUACAUGAAAUGAAAGAGACAGUGUAUGUUUCAGACACCCAGGUUAAAGAUAGGUGGGCAACAAAUCAUACAGCACAAACACACCUUGAUCUAAGGAGUCCCUAUCUACCCAAAAGCCAGGAGGUAUAUGCAACAAUGUACCACAGACCCACACUAAGGGGGCGGAGGGAGAACAGGAAGGUGGAUAUAUGUGAUCUUGAAGCCUAAUGGAACUCAAAGUGUCAGGGAUCUGUGCCUUCUGGAAGAGUUAAACUAUUCCCAUCCUGUGCCAGACAGAUAACGGAAAUCUCUCAUUCAUAUUGUUGGUUUGUGCCCAUGGAGAUGAUCCUUGAGAUCGUUGAGGAGCAAGGAGGGUGCCUCAUUAGAGCAUGUGAGCUACCUGACUAAUGAAAAUCUGGGGUUUAAGUACUAUUUGGGGCCAGCAAUUCCCUAUGGAAAGGGGAUGCGCUUCUUCAGUGAUUGAGUGCAGUAACACCUAAACUCCUUUGUAGCAUUGCUUAUUUUCUACACAUUCCUGUCUGUCUAUUAGUCUGUUUACUUCUCUGCAUUUGAAGUUGAAAGGACAUAACCUUAGUGAGAGAUGACUAACUUGUUAUUUGUACAUUUCCUGAAUUAAUGUUUUACCUUUGGAGGAAGCUUCUGUUGUCAAUGCGGAACCCAGUUCUUUUCUUGCAGGAGGGGAUCAUUAAACUUUGCUGGUAACCCGGGAUUAGUGUGCUGAUCUUUACAUUAAGUAUUAGGUCAGGAUUCUUACUCAUACCUUCCAGAUCACGUUUAAGGUAAGAACUAGUGCCAGGGUCAAGCAUAGUUCAUUAUGGACAUUUCAUAUUCAACUAAUGCCAGUUGUACUAGUGCCAUGAUCCACUGAAACAAACCACGUGAAAAGUCCUGAUUGGCAAACAGCAAACAUCAGCAGCUCUACCGCCAGGAAGCUAUUACUGCAUCUCCAUCUCACUGGGCAAGCUGCUCCACUUUAUACAUGCACAUAUGGACAACAGUGUUGGUUAUGAAUACUGUAUAAAGGUUGCAAGAAACAACGAAAAUGUACCAGUAAUAGCCCAGCUCAUACAUUUAUCAAACCCUCCUGAUACAUCUGAGUAUCAGGCAAUAUGUUACGUUUCAUUGGGGAGGGGGAAGAAAUCUUGUUACUUAUCACAAUUAAAAAAUGGUCUUUUAUCUAUAAUGUCAGAAGCCAUUUCCAAUAGACACAUUCCAGAUUUUGUGCAAGCACAUCCCAAAUGCAACAGUUAGAAUAGCAAUGAAUAGUCUGCCUACAGGGAAGUAACAUCACCUUUUCCUAGGUAUGAGAGAUAGCACAGUUUAUUGCUUGGGACAUGCAAUAUCCCUGUACCAAAAUGCUAUUUGGAAGAAAGGUAAUGAGCACUGUACAAAUGGGAAAGCACUUUUUAAUAGGCAGUAAACUAAAAGUGCAGAAAGCCCUCUCCCAACACUCAAUUCAUUGAUACAUUUAAAAAGGUUGUGUGACUAGCAGGGCUAGUCGGGGAGCGGGGAAAGAGGGCCAUUUGACCCAGCGCCUCAAACUCAAAGGGGGGCCUCAGCUUACUAAAUUUGUUGAUUUCCCCCACAUUUGAUAAGUUUCACAACUUGUUUUCAUGCACAUUAGACCAAAAUGUGACACACAUUUUCAGAACAGCAAUUUUAAGCUAAUAAGAGAUGUGAUUUUAUGAAAUAUAUUUUUGUAGUUAUUAACUGAUAUGGAUUUAGCCAUAUUAAAGAUUUUAAAAUGUCAGUUUUGAUAGCACAAAAUUAUAGUGAAGAUGCCAUCUCAGAUUAGCUGAUUAUAUGAACAAACCACUCACUCUUGGGGUCCCUUCUUUUAUUUUGGCAUGCUUUAAUUUUAAAUUUUAAUUGUUAUGGCUGAGGGCCUCAAAAGAUGAAAGUGGCGUAGGUCUCUCUUGACCUCUGAGAGGUCCUGGGAACUAGACUUUCAGGAACUUUUAACAAUGUAAACAGAACAUAGCAUGUAAAUAGAGCAUAGCAUGAAGUUAGGGUAUUGCAGUGACCUAGGAACCAACAGACUCUGGUCUUCAAGAUAACCUUUAUUGACUAUAAGGUUAUGAAAUCUAAUUCACAGGCAUAACUUGUACAUUUUUUUGAUGGCUAAUCUAGGACAAGGACCAAGGGGUCAGAGAGGGAAUGUUUAUAUUCUCAUGGGUGUAAUGUUCAUUCACAGGUGACAGUUGUUCUUCUCCAUUGUUAUUUGUUUGAGUUAUUUCAUUCCAAAUCUCAAAGGCUCUUUCAGUUGCAUGAUGAAAUGCAGGCAGAAAACCUACUGCUUUGGAGCUAUUUCCACAUAACCGCUACCCCCUUUUCUUUUUAAAAUAAAUCCACAUUUACUAGUUGGAUGCAGAGGAAUGGUGGGAGGAACCAACUGGGGAACCACCAAGAAAAGAAGGCUUGGAGCUCAGGGAGUGGUCAGAGGGAAAAGAAGGAGGAAAUAAGGAGAAGAGGAAGGUGGAGGUGGCAGAAGCUGAAGAGGUAACAGGGCUUAGUGAGCUGGGAGAGUCUGUGGCAGAGAGCAGUCAAAAAUCAGAGGCAGAGGCUGAAGCAGGAGAGUGGGCAGAUGAAGGCCAAGAGGCAGAUAUGAACCAGACUGUUGAAGAGUCACUGGUAUCUCCCCCUCUUGCUGCAACAAGCUCCCCUCUUCCUUUGUCUCACAGAAAGCAAUUUCCCCUAAUAUAAUGUAUUUUUAUAUGUUAUUUUUAUGCAUACUUUAGUAUAUGCAUUCUUAAUAUGUGCAUUAUGUUAUCCCUACUCCUUCUCAAUUGAUAGCAAAUGUGCCAGUCUUCACAGGUGUGCUUCCUGAUGGUGAUGUGAAAUCUGGGAAUACAGGUAUAAAUUAUGAAUGGUAGUAUUCCAUGCACACUUACUUGGGAGUAACUCCAACUUAUUUCAAUGGGACUUGUAUUUGAAGAGUAUGAUACUGCAUAGGACUGAGCUGUUAAUUUAGAAUUAAAAUCAGUCUUCAUCAGUUCACUUCAAAGCCUGUGGGCAGAAUCGUUCAUCUUAUUCUAUUUUGGUGGCCUCCUAUCCUCUUCCUGUGUUCACGGUGUUCUAGCAUCAAGAGCAAAGCAUGAACACAUUCUAAACUUGUACUCCCUGUGAUAGGCAAAGACAUUACCUUGUGUAUCUCACCAGGUUCCAGUCCUUUUUGCCAAUUAAAUAAAUGACUGCCUAUUUAUGAGAUUAUUUUAUUAUUAAAAUUUAGUCUUUCUCCUCACCUAAUUCCAUCAUUUUCACUAGUCUAUAAUUAAAGUAAAGCUAAGAAACCUGGGGUACGUAUUUGCCCUCGUUCAAAUUAUACCCCCUGAAUGUAAGCUAAGAUACAUGUUUACCAUACUGCAGUCUAAAUCCUUUAUUAUUCUAAUCCCUUGCUUGGGCUGCUGGCAAUAUAGAAAUUGGUUUUCUGUGACUCUUAAAUCUGCAGUAAUGUGUUGGUGUGGUUUUGUUUUUGUGUUAAUUUUUUUUAAUAUGAUGCAAACUGAUUUGAACUGAUGAAAAAGCCCUGUAGAAAUAUUUUAAUAAAAAAGAUAACAAUAAAGGGCAGGAUUCACUAAGGAGCCCCAUUAGCUGAAGCCGUACAUAAGAGCUUUCACUUGCACAACAGGGCUUUCCUCCUCUCCUCUCCUCUCCUCUCCUCUCCUCUCCUCUCCUCUCCUCGUACCCCUGAAAUUGGCUCUGGUGGGGUCCAGAGAACCUUCAGAACAUCUCCCUGGAGGAGGACAAGGGGGAUCAUUCCAUCUGGAAAGCUUGCAUAGAUGGAACAUUUGUAAAAGCCCAAAGUGGAAUCCCACCCAUAGUAACUAAAGCUGCAGUCCUAUACUAACUUGUCUGACAGUAAUCCCCCUUGAAUUCACUGGACAAUGUACAAGAUUACACUGUAAGCUUCGGCAACUGUUCUUAAAAGGUCUGAGCUACCUAGCAGCUUGGGGUUCACUUAGCUCACAUAGGAGUUUAGCAGACUUGCAACAUGCUUUUCAAGCCCAGCUCUUGGGAGUUCUUACCUUCAUGGCCACAUGGAUGAGGAUCUGCUCUCCAAGCUGGAGUGAGAGGGAGAGCAGCCUUAACCAUUAAGUGUCUUGCAUUCAAAGUGGGCGUGUUACUAUUAGCAGAUCUUCCUAUAAUUGUGUUACAGAUUUUGAGAAACUAGGCAUGGUGAAUCGUCUACCAGCCUCUUAGUGACAGGCACUGACUCUAAAGCCAGGUAAUCUUCCCUAGCUUUUACUCUGUAAAAGUUGUGCAUGAAUGAAAUAAAGAAGAUAGGAAAAUAAAAAACUCCACAAGAGCAGAAAACUAUGGACAGUUGUCAUGGGGGACUGACUGAUCAAGUCUCAUUCCCUGAUGCAUGGAAUGCCUAGCCAAAAAUUGUUUUGGAGGGUGGAACUCUAGAACGAUAUUCAACAGUUCUUUACUUGCUUGGUAGUGAGUCCCACUGAACAUGAUGGGGUUUACUUCUGAGUAGAUAUGUAUAAGGUUGCACUGUUAGGAGAGUCUCCUGCAGCCUCAGUCACCUUCAUAUUGUCAGUAUUGUCCAGGAAAGAUUCAUACACAUACAGAAAUUUUGAUGUGUGCAGUUAAAGUGCGGGUUUUUUAAUGGACUUUUUGCAGUUACAAAAGUGAUGGGAAAAUGCACUCUACAGUGUGGAAUAAACAAAUGAAUAACAGGAAGCUAUAUAACUAUUGUGCAAGCAAAUUAGGAUGAAUGUUCAUUGUCCCCACAAACAAAUCAAAACAAAUGCUGAAUAAAGACCAGACAUCAUCUAACCUCCAUAUAAGCUUUGUGUAAGCAAAUCAGGACAAAUGCUGAAUAAACAAGUCAUCUGGAGGAGCCCCUUGUGAGCCAGAAAUGGGAUCUUUUAGAGUACAAGCAAUGGUUCUCGCGUUUUUCUUUUUUAAAUGCUGCAGCCCUACACUCUGUGGUAUUCUGCAUUAGAGCGCAUAUAUCCCUCACCCACUUUGCAUGUGGUUAUUUUUAGCCUUAUAGUACAACCCAUAUGAACAGAAGAACCCAAUCUUCAUCAGAGGGGUCUUGUGAUAUUUCCCCUCUAGCCAACCUGCAUUGUUGUGUAAAAAAAAUUUGCCAUGCCACAGGGAGAGCUGUUCAAGAAAAGCAAGCCCAAAGUCCCCCUGGCAAAUGGUGUGUGUGUGUGUGUGUGUGUACGUACUUGUGCAGUUCUUUGGAUCUUGAUCUAAGUACUUAACCAGGUUGAUCAGGAUUUAACUGGUUGAAUCCAGCCACUCUUGCUUAACUGUUUUAGCAAACCAUUCCUGUAACAUCAAUUCCUCCCAGUAGGAAUUGCUGAGCAAAAACAUUCCUGUGUUUCCUUCUCCCGUUCUGUUGUCCUAAUGUCCUACUCUUUCCCUCCCUCAACCCUCCUGCUGUCAAGUUAUGAUUCAAAUACCUCUCCUACUUAUAUUGAUACUGAGCAUUGGGGGUUUUAUAAUUUAUUUUUAUGGUUAUGUGCAGCACAGGGCUAUGUACAAAAAAUAUAACACAAACAACAGUACAAGUAUAACACAAAAAAUAAAUAUAAAUACAAUAAAUAAAUAAAAAUAUAAAUAAAUGCUUUUAAUUGAUGGUUGAAGACCAACAAUGAGGGUUACAGACAUGCCUCUGGGGGAGAUCAUUCCAGGGUGAGGGCCCCACCAUGCAAACCCCCCUUUCCUGGACCAAUCUUAAGCAUCAACUGUUUCAUGGCUUUUGUUUGGGGCAAUGUGACUGGCACUGUGUGUAUCUGAGGUUCUACAUGGACCACAGUUUUUCUGAGAAGUGCAAGUGACACGCUAAAAGUUAUUUAUUCCCCACUGUACACACACUAUUUUUUCUUUCCCAUUAUAUUAUUUAUAUUUUUCUCACUUUCCUAUUCUUUAGGCCACUUAUAGUCAAGGAACCUGUAGAAAUUGUCUUACUGGCGGCAUGCUUGACUGCCUGCGCAAUAAAAAUGAGAAUGCUGUUAAUAACGUAUUGCUAGCAGUGUUUGAUUAAUGCAAUAAAUGUAAAGGGGAAGGGAAGAAACCAAAGAGCCUAUCCGUAUAAGUUAUAACUGGACUUAAGGAUCAAGCAAACAUUAAAAUGGGGGGAAAUGUGGGGUUCCUAACUUUGUUUAUCCCUUAUAACAUCAUUGUGAGAACAAUGUGUUUAAGUGGGGGGAGGAUUACAGAGUGAGAAAACAGCAAGCUUGAGAUAAUACUCAGGUAGAUGGACUGACAUAAUAAAAGCCACUUUCACCUAUUUAUGUGGUUAUCACGCUUUCUGUAGUAACAGGGCCUUGAAGAGGCAGUUUAUACCUUGAAACCAGAAGUGAGCCCAGUGUUAGAGGUGGUGUUUGCCUUAAAUGUCCCAAAUUCCUGCCCACCGUACCUCCUCUGUUAGAGCUCUCCUGUCCACAGUCUCUAUAAUCUCAGCAGCCUGCUUUGUACAGUCACUGGUCCUCUUAGCCUGGGUUGAAGCUCUGACAAGCAGUGAGUCUCUAAGGUAUUACGCACGUAUCUUUCACAGCCCUGUUGCCUCAGAUCCUUUGACAUGAAAAAUGCCUGUAGUGAAAGGAAUGCCUUACAAGUGAGCAACGAUGCCCCUCUCUUUGUAGGAUUGGGACCACACAUAUCCCAAGAUGAUGUCUAGCUUUGCCCUUACUCUGCCAAUCAAUUGCCAUAAAAACUAAGCCUCGUUUCCUUUCCUUUCCUUUCUGCAGAGCAGAGGAAGAAGUAUUCCAAUUCUAACGUCAUUAUGCAUGAGACGUCACAGUACCAUGUACAGGUGAGUCAGGGAAACUCAUACGAAUGAGCAAUAAAUUGCAUACAAUUAGAAAUGAUACUGAUAUUGCACCAUUUAUAGGAGGACAUUGAUCCUUCUAGUUACAUUUUUAUAAUCAUGCUUCCUGGGUGAUAUGCUAGAAGGUUUAUUACAAACAAUUAGUAGAAGCCCAACACAUCAUGUGCUGGAGUUACUGGAAGUUGGUAAUGACUCUUGAUCUUUGCCCUGCUUUCCCUUAGCUCAGGUGCUGGGGGAAAUGUUCACUGGUUUCCUGUUCCCAGUGGCCUUGCAAAGAUCACCUAGAUCAGAUCAGUGUUUCUCAUGCACUUGGGUAAUUUUAGGCUCUGUACUUAAUAGCCUUACAGGAAGGCCCUUCUUUAAAUGGUGAUGUGCAUGACGUCACUUACAAAAUGUGAUGGGGGCCACACAAACAACACAUACAUGGGCAGAGGUGCCAACUUGAAUAAACUAUUGGGGGGGCAAGUAAUUGAUCACAUGAUGGGGCACAUCAUUUGAAUGGCAAUGACCAUCAACUUGGGGGGACCCUACCCCCUCAAAUAUUUUAUUGGGGGGCGAAGGGACCUGGGCCCCUAGAAGAUGGCUCCUAUGUACAUGGGCAUGUGCUUUACCAGUCUUUGCUGCUACAUCCGCUUCAGCCCAAGCUGCACAAAUCCUGAGAAAAUGGCUUCCAUGUGGCUAAGGAAAGGUGCAAAGGCCUCUUCACCUUAGGAUCUUUCCUGAUUAUUGAUUUUAGUGCAAUGCAUAAUGCAACUGUUCCCUUUUGAUUUAAGGAUUCAUUUCUCUUUCCUCCAGAACACUUUUUUAGCAAAGGAUACUGCACCCUCCAGAAAGCUAACACCUUGGACAAGGAUAUUUAUCUCAUUUGUAUCCAGCUUCUCUCAGGGCAACUUUACCAAGGGUUCAUCUCAUGACAUGUUAUCCUCAUAACAGUCUGGGGCAGGUUAGGCUGAGAAAGGGUGACUGACCCAAGUCACUGAGCAAACUUAAUGGGUGAAUUGAAUUGAGCCACUGCGGUCUCCCCAGGCCAGUUCCACCCCACCCCACUGACUCUGUUAUGACCUAUAUUGACAAAUCAUCAUCAGUGUCAAAGUCAAGGAGUGCUGCAUGACAAUGAGUUCUUAUAUAUGUAAUUUUCUUCCACAUGUGGCUUAGUCUCAAUGUAGGUCAUUUAGUCCCUGGAGAUGUGAAUAUCUGGGGUGUGUUGCCUUUGGGGAGGCAGAGGGAAAACAGGUUUCUCUCCCCCUCCAAUCAAGGCCUGACAUGCAAAAACUUGAAAUUCUCUUGGAGGAAGGGAAUUGGAAAGAAAACUGAUAAAAGACGGUCUUUUUCAAAAUGAGUGAAAUGAUGUUUAAGCAGUGUUUUAAAAUAAUAUUGCUACACAUGUAUAUACACUGCCACAAACCUUCUGGAGCCAAGACACUGUGGUAGUAAUGCUAGGGGUAAUAGUUACGCUGCUGUAUUUGUCUGGAUUAGAAUUUAAGCAGGACUUGGGAAAGCUCUGUAAAAUAUCCUGUGAAUGUAAGAAGCUGAGCUGUAUUGAAUAAAAUAAUUGUUUUAUCAAAGCCAGUUUUAGCGGCUCUGACUGGCAGCAGUAGCUCCCGCAAAGAUCCUUUCCAGGACUGCCCUUUGAGGGCCAAUCUAGAUAUGCCCGUAUGUGCAUCUUUACAUGUAAUUUGCAGGUUUUUUAAAAUGCAAAUUGCAUUAGUUGUAUGUAUUUAUGGAUCAAAACUAGGGUUGCCAUACAUCCAGAACUUCCUGGACAUAUCCGGAAUACUGCAGUCGGAAGCAGCAUCUGGGCGGAAAUCAUUAGAAUGUCUGGGGAAAUCUGGAUGUAUGGCAACCCAUGUCGGCAGUUUCAUUUUUGGUGAUUUUCCUUUGAAUAGCUCAAAAAAUCAACAACAACAAAGUUUAACAAGUUUUCCCAAAAAAACGCAACAACUUUUCUGUCCUUUCCUCUUCAGCUGCGAUUCUAAAGAAAAUUCCUCUACUGACGCUCCUAUUUGCUUUGCAGGAAAUUCCCCACUGGAGCCAUUGGUGGAUAACAAUUAGACCCAGGCAGCCAGUUGAUGCUAUUUUAAAGAUGCAUUUAACAUCACUAGUUUGACCCUGAGACCCUUGUAACUGAAACUGCUGUGGGUUAAUUUAACAAAUAUGGCAUAGACUAGCCUUCCCCAACCAUAUUCCCUCCAUAUGCUUUGGACUACACUACAAGCCCCAUCAGUUCUGACCACCAUCAGGGCAUCAGGUUGGGGAAGGCAUGUGUAGACUCUGUUCACAGGUUUGUGUGAACAUGUGAAUGAGAGGUGAUGGGACUGCCAGCUGCUGUCCCUUUCCUCUUUACACAUUAAUUCUACAUGGAUGAAAGCACAAACGCUCCACUUAUUUAGAUUGCAUGUUUAAAUACUACUCUGUCUAAAACCGGGAAAUAAUAAUCUGUUCCCACACAUUUAAGAAAAGGGAGCAGAUGGUGUAGCACCUAGGAAGACUGGAGCUGUAUUUCCUUCCUUUUAAAGAAAUCAAACACUGGACAUAUUUUUUGCAAAUAAGCAAUAAAAUCAUUGCAGUCACUUCCACUGGAAAGUAGACUUUACUCUCUCCUGCAACUAGAAUGCAUUUUGAUCUCUGUUAAUUAUGGUUGCUCAGCUGUAAGCUGUUCUUUCCCCUUGAACUUUAGUCAAAGCAAGUGUGAUAGCUGUCAAAUUGGCAGUUUGUUCACACACAUAGAUAUGCACCUGUAUCUAUCUAUAGAGACAGAUAUUUACCAAACAGCAUGUUUUUUAAUCUUCCUUUCUGUGCAAGUUUGUUGUUAGAUUUUUGACUUUGUCAGUAAGCAUAAAGGGUUACAUCCUUGCAUGACCAGGAGGAAGCCUGCACAACAUAUGUUUUCCUCCCCCUGUAGCCUUAUGCACCCUGCAGAAAACCUCUCUAGGGAGUCAGGGGGACAUGCCAAACAUUGUGGGCUAUGUCUUAUGUGGCAUCACCAAAAACUAGAUGGAGGAAUCUGGUUGCAGUGGAACACAAAAUCUCUCCACUCAGUUCAGGAUGAUUCUGUACCACCACCCUAUAUGACACAGCCCACAAUGCUUGGUACAUUCCUCUUACCUUUUGGAGAGGUUUUGGAGAAAGAUCUGUUGUGCAAGCUUGCUUUCUGCACAUGUUGGGUACAACUCUAAAAUAACAGCAAUCAUUAUCUUGCUCUAUUGGCCCUCAUGAAGCUGCUGGUAGGUGGAAAUUACAGCUCCAUAUGAGCAUAGCAGUUGUGCACAGACCACCACCAACCACAGCAACCCUAAGAGUGCCAAUCUUACUCUAACAGUUCAAGGUCAACUAUAUGUUACAUCGUUUUAAUGCACCAACCUGCAGUAAGACAUCCUUAUGUGCCCUAUUCUAUUGCAAUGCCUCCUUGGGAAGGGGGCCUAGUCUUUUGGGUUUUCAAAAUGGCAUGUGUUUCAGGACUGAGGGAAUAAAGCAGUUCAGGGUGUCAGCUUCUGUUGUCAGAAUGGGGUGGAGGGGAGGAAGGUGUGAAACUGAGUUCUUGGAGAAGAGUUUGCCAAAAUUUGAACACUGCUAAUCAGUGGAUACCGAUGGCAUGGAUUAAGUAUAAUGUGAGAAAGGCAAAUGUGCUCUCUUGCACUUGCUUCAUGCUUCCCUCUGCUGGCUGAUAAAACCACAGAGGGAAGUAUUAUGCGAUUUUUACUAAGACCAGGAAGAACAACUGUUCUAAUUGGCAACAAUGGCAAGCAAAGAGAGAUUAGGAAAACACAGUCUUUUAUGUGUGUAUCCUUGCACUGCCCAGUGGCAUUGCAGUGUUGCUUGCUCAUGGCAUUGUUAUCAAUACAAACCAUACAAGAGCAGCCUGUGCAUGCAGAUCCUGAGGUUUAGAGAUCAUGUCAUGCUAUAAAAGCUGAAUGCUUUCUUAACCAGGACAACAGGUUUAGAGCUGAGCUGGAAAUGACUGCAAGUACAAUCAUGCCUGGCUGACUUUCUACUGCCUGGAGAAAGCUACAUUCCUAGCACUGGCACAAACACACAACUAUGCAGUGUGGAGAGAUGGAACUAAGAAUGGGUCAACGCACAACAUUACAUUAUUUAGUUGUGUGCCUAAUGCUGUUUUAAGUGUACACCUAAAAAUGGGACAUGCCAAUGCAAUCAGCACAUGUUUACAGGUAUGUGCUUACAAGCAGGUACACGAGGAGGGAGCCAGCAUUGGUCUGCAGGCCAAGUGUACUCUGUGGCAAGUCCAGUUUUGAUGCCUUGUAAUGUGAUGUUUAUAUAUGUACUGGAAUUAUCAUCAUCAUCAUCAUCAUCAUUAGAAAUUGUUUUGUUCACUGCUGUCAAUCAAAGCAAUCAAAGGAAGAUAGACCUGUAGGAAACAUUUCUGUUUGUAACCACACCACAGAACCGGGGGUUGACCAGGCACCGCUGUGCAGUUGUAUGUGGGAAGAGUAAAAAUCCAUGUUGCUAUUAGCUGCUUUUGUUAUGCAAGCAGGUGAGACUCCAACAUAGUGACUGCAUGAAUUUUCAGCUCACAUAGAUUAAAAUGGCUUGUGACCUCCUGCUUAAUUGGGAUACUUUCCUUUCACCCCGCCCACCAUUGUUUUUCCCCUUUACAGCAUUUAGCCACCUUCAUCAUGGAUAAGAGUGAGGCCAUUGUAACAGUGGACGAUGCCAUCAGGAAACUCAAACAGCUGGCUUCCAAAGAGAAGAUCUGGGCCCAAGAGAUGCUGUUGCAAGUGAAUGACAAAUCCAUCCGACUGCUGGACUGUGAAACUCAGGUAAGCAGUAAUUCACCAUUCAUAUAACAAAAGCUCCCAUAAAGAUAUCAAAAUUUUGAAAAGAAGGGGGUCCAUGGCUUGGAUUUUGCCAAGCAUGUAAACUAGGGGAUCUCCCACAAGACUCUCUGGCUGCAUACACACCGUACAUUUAAAGCACCCUCCCCCCCCCACAAAAAAUCUAGGGAACUGUAGUUUGCCCUUUACACAGCUGCAAGUCGCAGCACCCUUCAGAAACUGCAGUUCUUAGGAUUCUUUGGGGGAAGUCAUGUACUUUAAAUGCGUGUACACCGUCUGCUAAUUUUGCUGCCGCAAAUGAACAUGGCUACACCUGUGGGAACAGCUUCUGUAGUGUUCCAGAUCCUAUUUCUGGCUGGGAUUUGGUAGAGUAUGUUACUCAUGCACACAAGUUGUCUUUGCAAACAUAGAAGUGACAAGACUUUAAGACAUUGUAUUUUGACAUGAUGCUCAAGAUUGAUAGCAAAGGGAGGAGGCAAUACAAUGAAGUUUUGUUGGCCUCCUUACAAAAACUUUGCCUCUCUUUCCUACCAGCUAAGAAACGCCCAGAAACUUCACAUGUGCCAGCAACAAUUUUGUCCAACUGCCUUCAUGCAGCUGUAGCUACUAAUGGAUUUAAAGUACACUGAGUGAAUCAGAAGCCAUCGUCUUCAUUGCCUUUUUUCCAGGAAUGGUUAUUACAAUGAAUAAAUGCAGCUUGUAACUAAAUGUGUCUGUCUGUCUGUCUGUCUGUCUGUCUGUCUGUCUGUCUGUCUCUCUCUCUGAUUUGCCUUUCAGGAAGAGCUAGAGGACUUCCUUCUGCCAACAGUCCAGCUCUGCCAAACUGUGCUGAAUCAGAUGCGGUACUCAUCCAUACUCCUGCUAGUGUGUCAAGACUCAGAGCAGCACAAGCCUGACAUUCAUUUCUUUAACUGCGAUGAGGUGGAGGUAAACAAGGGUGGGGAGAGGAGGGGAGGAAAAAAUAACAUGGUAUAUUUUAGCAGCUUGGUGCUAGAUGAGAAAAUGUUGGUGUGCAAGCAUGACUCCACUGUGACCGUGUUCCAGCUCUGCAGCCACACGCAAGCAAAGAUCUCCUGUUGUCAAUAUUAGCAGAGAAAAGCAUUUCUUCUAUCCGCAGUGCUUAAUGUGCAAGGGAAGGGAUGUGCAUACAGAAAACUCUUGAUGGCAGGCAAGGACUGCAGGGCAAAGCUUUCGUGGGAGCGAAUCUCACAAAAUCUUUGCAAUCACAUAUGGAACUGUGAUUUCUAGUGUAUUUGUAGCUGCGAAGCUAACACACACACACACACACACACACACACACACAGACACACAGCAUUGUACAAUGAAACAUUUUUUAAUGCAGUAUUUGUUUAUAACACCUUGUUCCAUUUGCAUUCUUACAUGCAUUCUUAAAUUUCUGCCAUGAGCCAUUUCUUCUCUUGAGACCAACCUGAUCUUGUAUUUUAGGCAGAGAUGGUACAUGAGGACAUAGAAAGUGCACUUGCUGACCAUAAGUUUGGAAAGAAGAUACGGCCGCAAACUCUCAAGUAAGUGGGUUCUGUGGACAGGCAGGCUCCAGCAAGUAAACUGGGAAGAAGCUUCGCUUGCCCUACUCUGCAGAAGUCACAAAGCUCAUGAUCCACCCUUAAUUUAAUUUCCUGCUCCUUUUAAGUUAUUGAAGUACUAGGUGUGUCCCUUGGAGGUGAACACAUUAGGAUUAUAGGACAGUACAAUUAGGCACAGCCUUGUGAAAUAACAAGGGCAGAGAAACAAGUAAUAAUAAUUUAUAAUAAUAAUUAUUAUUAUUAUUAUUAUUUGUUCUCCAGCUACUCUGGGUGGCUUACAGCAUAUGUCUGGUGCGCUGCAAACUUCAUCUGGCAGCACAAACUCUUGUUUGUCCAAGGGAUUAUUUUUGAUACCCUAACUUCUAAGGAACAUGAGUCAUCUUGAUGGGUUCCAUUUACAGAUACAAUAUCCUGACGAUACUAGGAUGUGCCCACAUUCAAUCCUAUCAUAUACUGAAGCAAUUCCCCUGUUGUCUUUGAACUAGACUUCAUUGUUUAUUUCUCUCUUUCUUUUACUACAUGGAAAUGGGAAUUGUUGGGACUUUAGUGAAUGAAUGAAUUGCAUAAAUCUCAUCUUGGCAUGGUUAAGUUCACUCUCUGCUUAACUCAUGUUUAAGCAGGGAGAUGAUGUGGGUAGCACAGGUAUCAUGCUUAAUCCCCAUGCCAGCACUACAUCUUGCUGUGAGCCAAUGGCAGUUGCCCAGGGAAGUACAUAAUGUACCCAUCCCUUCUGUGUGGUCUCCCUGUUUAAACAUUACCCAGGCAGUGUGGGAUACAACCCCCACAGAAGUGGCAAUCCACAACAUUAAACCAAUAUAAAAACUAGACCAUGUACUGUAUAAUAUUGUCAUGGCUGCUGGCCUGCCAUUCCCUUUUAAGGUGGAUUAGGAAACAAUUUCUUGAUAGUUGGGAGUCUCCCAGUUUGGUUCCUAAAAUGUUACUUUAAGGAGGUUGACAGAAGGAAAGUUCCCCAUCCACCCUUCCCACUUCAGCCAUCUGCAUCCCUUCGCCCGAAAAGCCUUACUGAAUAUCAUGGGUGGGGGAUUCCUUAGUAAUGUGGGAAGUGGGGAACUUAUGCAGGAAGGGGAGAGUCACCCAAAAUCAUCCUUGGAUUUUAAGUUAGGAAGUUCACAGAGGGAAAUGUCCCCAUCCUCUCUUCCACCCAGAAUCCCUUUCUGCCCCCUCUCACAUUGUUGAGGAAGGGUCCCCUGUCCCUUCGAUGUAGCCAGAGUUGAUAUUCAGGGAUCUGCCUAGUUAGUUUGCUUCCACUUAUCCUCUGCUGGUGCAGUUGUAAAUAAAGCAAAGACCCUGUGUUACAUUUACCUAAGGAAAUUAAACCUGGUAGCUCCUCCCUUGCAACUUUUCACAGGUUAGGAGGGAAUGCAUAAAAGUAUUAUUGGUUGUUGCCAACUGUUUAGCCCACACCAGUUUGGGCAGCAGGGAUAUCAUAAAUGACUACCCAAAACCUUGUAACUGUAGUCAUAGACAGGGUGUCCUGGUAAAAGGAGUGAUCCAUUGCUUCCUUUGCAGGGUAAACCAAGAGAAGAUUAAACAGAGACAAUCCAUCCUCCCACCACCUCAAGGGCCAGCUCCAAUUCCUUUCCAGUAUGAAGCAAGAGGCUCACCAAAGAACAACCAGAAUCGAGUGGCUCCUCCUUCACAGCAUCAUGAGCCAGGUAUAGAAGGCAGUUGGUGACUAGUUCAGAUUGAUGACUAAUGCAAGCAUCUGCUUUGGGUUGUGACUCACCCAGAAAGUCUUAUGUUGCCCUAACAUGAUUAGGCAUGUGCUGUUUCCCAGUAGAACAGGAAAAUCUCUAUUCAUCUUCAUUGAUUUCUCCAUUUUAACCACUCAGGUAAAAUAACCCAGUAGCAAGUAUUUAUUUCGCUGUAGUAAUUAAAGCAAAGGAUCCUUAAACUGAAAAGCAUUUUUAAUAGCUUGAAUAAUGCUUAUUCAUUGUACUAGGUGCUGUAUGCAUCCAGAGUAUAUUAUAAAUGAGACUGAAUCCAUUCCACCAAGGAUGCAUGCAUUUCCGACAAAAGUUAAUUGUACUGAUUUUUCAAUGCCAGCCUUUUUCUGUUGGCCCCCAGAUGUUUUUUACUACAACUUCUAUCCCCAGCCAGUGGUGGGGCUGAUGGGAGUUGUAGUCCAAAACAUCUGAAGGCUACCCGUGGGGAAGGCGACACUAUGUGAUAGCAUUGUCAGGUCUCAACCUAGAGAACCAUCAUUUCUGCCUAUCACCCCACAGCAAUGAUAAAGGAUGCAGCCAUGACUUCUCUCAUCUUAUUCCCACUGCCCAGCCUCCUCUCCCCGCCUGCCCCACUCCUGUACUGCAACAUGAGGGUCCUGCUUGCUCCAGUGGGUAGGAGGGGAGAGCAGAUGAUUCUGGGCUGCUUACAGCACAUAAAAAAUGGGAAAACAUUAGACAUUAAAAAUUUCCCAAUACAGGGUUGCCUUCAGGUGUCUUCUAAAAGUCAGAUAGUUUUUUAUUUCCUUGACAUCUGAUGGGAGGGCAUUCCACAGGGUGGGUGCCACUACCGAAAAGGCCCUCUGCCUGGUUCCCUGUAACCUCACUUCUCACAGUGAGGGAACUGCCAGAAGGCCCCCGGAGCUAGACUUCAGUGUCCGGGCUGAACGAUGGGGGUCGAGGUGCUCCUUCAGGUAUGCUCCAUCAAGGACACUGCAAGAGGAAACAAUAUGUUUCUACCAGCCUGCUGUUUUCAUACAGACUUAAGCACAAUUUGAUGGCCUACAGCUUUUCUCAACAUGAGAUUGUUAGGAAAGUCUGGAGAAUUUCUACUACAGAAUAGCAGAAGGACCAGAGCAGAGGUGGCACCAUUCUUUUGUGAACAAAGACACUAUGUGUUUUAAUAGCUGCAUGACAGGCAGCAAAGCAAAACACACUUUAACCACUGUCCCUCAGACCUUGUGGGGGGCUGGACUGUAUUUUGAAAAGAAAGAAAAAAUGAACUAAUUUCCGUGCCGCACAAAUAACCCUGAGAUGCAUUUUAAACAAAAGGGCACAUUCUACUCGGGUAAAAACACGCUGAUUCCCGGACCGUCCACGGGCUGGAUUUAGAAGGCGAUUGGGCUGGAUCCGGCCCCCAGGUCUUAGUUUGCCUACCCAUGCUUUAACCCAUCAUGAAGAGCUAUAGCCAGAGGGAAAGCAUUACCUGUUGACAUGUAGCUAGUCAGACUGAAGUUAAAAGAAUUAAGCCAUUCACUGAAGUGAAGGCAUGUGUGCUGUUAUUUAUUGUGUACUGCAUUAAUUCACCUUUGAAAACUUGUUCAGACUGAAAGCCUCAAGCUGCCUUGAACGUACUGUAUAUUGGACCAAAAACAUCUUUCCCCUAGAAAUAAUUUAAAUGGUUAAAUCUGCUGGUCUCUGAUCCAGAGAAAUAUUGUGCUAUUUUAAAAUCUAGUUUUGCAUAAUGGAAAUAAUGUAGAACUGUAAUGGGAGAUGGGUGUUUUGAUGAUGUUCAUAUAAGUAACAAAUAUCUUUGCUGUGCCAUCAAUCAGAUGGGUACAGAAACCUAUCAGCCUGUGGAAUCAGCUAGCUUCCCAGGUGAUGUGUACCUGUGUGUUCCAGAAUGACUUGAUCUAUGAGUGUAGCUUAUUGGCUGUCCACUCAGAAGAGAAAAAGAGAGCAGCAGAAGUUGCAGAGAGUUGUUGUUUUUUUAAAAAAAAAACCGCUUCUCAUACUGGCACCCCCAAAAUGAGAAUUGAUGCUCGUUGUCUUUUUGAGAAAACUAAAAAUACAUUGUAAGAUUGAUGAUGUUUCCUAGUUAGUCCUCACCCCCCGAAUAUCAGUUUUCACAGCACAUUUUGUCGAUGUUUUCAUAUCAUACUUACUGAUACUAAAGUGAUUUUUGCUUUCUGCACUCUGAAAAGAUGGAGUUGGACAUGUACAGUGGAGUACAGUAAUCCUCUGAAUGAAAAGUGAGGGCUUGAUGUGGCAGCUUCCUCGCUAAGGCAUACUUAAUACCUGCCUGAACGAGUCACUUAAUUCCCUGACUUGGAGAUGACAUGACAUGUAGGCAGAUGGGUAGUGGCUCAAUGUCAGUCACUCCCAUUUUCAGUAUUCUGGCUCUUUUGCCUGAAUCCUUGCUUCUUGCCACUGAAAAAUUAUCUAAACCCUUAAAGAAUUCGUUUCCUUCUCAAUCUUACAAAUGUAAAGUGGGUGGGUGGAGGAGUGUCUACCAGAAACAUUGCAUACACUGCCUGUUGAAUUUCUGCAGGUUACUUUUACAUUUGUCUCUUUGUUUAUAGCAUGCUUACGCACAUUCCACCAACCACUUUGAAAAACAAAUUGGAUUCUGCAGAGGAUUGUACAAGUUCCUACAGAGUUCCUCUUGAGUUCUAUUUACGUCUGUAUAAGACAGCAGUCAGCUAGAAAUCCUUGCAGCCUGAGGCCGUUAGACAGUUCUGUAUUUAUUUUUGUCCUAAUUUGUCUUAAACCUGCCCAUCCCUCAUCAUUUUGAUCCUUUCUGUGCUACUAGAAGGAUGUGAGUGAUGGGCGGUACGUGUAGCCUCCCAUGUGCCCAUGGCUAUUGUUCCCUAUUGCAUUUAAAGCACUAGGAGACCAUUUUAGCAGCCAUGGCUUCCUCCAUAGAAUCUCAGCUACUGUAGUUUAUUAAGGGUGCUUCAGGUUGUUAGGAAACCUUGAUAGAGCUAUAAUUCCUGGAGUGUUUUGAUAAUCAAUCCCUUUUCCCAUGGAACUCUGGGAAUUGUAGCUCAGGGCAGGGAAUUUGGGUCUCCUAGCAACUCUCAGUACCACUAACAAAGUACAGUUCCCAGGAUUCUUUGGGGGGAAGCUAUGACUCUUUAAAAUGAUAUAAUAUUGAUUUAAAUACAUAGUGCAGAAGGGGCCUAAAUGCUUUGCAGUUAAGUCUAGGAAGUCAUGGGAGGUCAAGGGGACUUGGAAAGGGUUGGGACAUGUCACUUUUUAAAACCUGGCCCUGCUUUUGUGCCCAUAAGAGCAGCCUGACACGCUCUCUUUCUUCUCUUUGGCAAUCACUCAUAGCCAAGUAAGAUAGUCUUCCAAAAACACGGUUUUAACAAUGAGUCCGUAAGUGACUGUGGAGGCCAAUUCUGGAUCCACAUGUCCUUCCACAGUGGGGACAUUGGUUUCCAGGUGGGAGUUGAUCACGGUGUGGAUUUGCCAAGUGUGCCUUCCUCUUAGCACAUUUCUCCCUUGCGUCCUGAGUUUGAGUGUCUUCAAAGCCCAUGACACCUUUGGUAAAGGCUGUUCUCCAACUGGAGCGCUCGCAGGAAAGUGUUUCACAAUUGUUGGUGUUUAUACUACUUUUUUUUAGAUUUGCCCUGAGAGAGUCUUUGAACCUCUUUUGUUGACCUCCAGCAUUACGCUUUCCAUUUUUAAUUUCGGAUUUGGCAGCUAAUGGGUUGCUUCUUUUUAAAAUUUUGCUUAAUAUCUGUACAUUAGACUCCCACUUAAUUCACAAGAGCAGGUGCCAUAACAAAAGUUGGCAGUCUUGGCCUCAAAUAUACUGGCGAUGUAAUUGAACCGUUGCUUACAAUCCCAUGCUGCUCAUGGCCUCUGCUUUUUAUUUCUUUCCUGCCAGAGCUCCUUACUUAUGGCAGAAUGUGAAUUUUGCAUGCUGACACAAAUUCGCUUCAGCAUGAGAAGAGCAUUUCCUCCCAAGUUAAUCCCUAACCUUGCCUAUGGAAAAUAGCUGAGUUUCCACCCCAUUUUUUAAGUUAUUAAUUUGAAGGACAUAUGGGGUUGGCAGGAUGAACUCUGCGAGUGUAAGCUCCAGGAUUCUGGACUGGAUCAGGUGCACUGUAUGCACCAUCUGUCCCUGGCACACUGACUCUUCUUGUUCAAGAAUGCUGUUUUCAAAGCAACCAGAUUCCGCUUUGUGGGAAAAGCGUCAGCAAGUAUGUGAACAGGAGUGCUCUGAUAGACAUUGUUUAGCUGAGCUUUCAGAAAGACUCCUUCUGAGUGACUUCACAUAGAUGGGAUAAGAGGAGAGAUCCUCUCAUGGACUUGUAACUGGUUAAAGAAUUGAGAGUAGGAACAAAUACAUAGUUCUCAGAAUGGAGGGAUGUCUCUAAGAAUCUGUACUAAGAUCUGUGCAUCUUUUUUUAUAUAUAAAAUAUUUAUUGAAAUUUAAACAUUACAAAAAAGAAAAGAAAAACAAGAGAGAAAUAUACAAAACAUCAACAAUACCAAGAAAAGAAAAGAAAAGAAAAACCUUAAAAAAAACCCAAAAGAGAACAGACAAACAUACAAAAGAACCCCAUAUUUUCAUAUCCUUGUCUUCCAUUAACUUAUUUCCUCGACUUCCUCACACCUCCUUUUUUGUAUUCUAGUUCAAUUAAAUGUUCUAGCAAGUCCUUUCCCUCUUUCACAAAUUUAGUUCCAUAAUUUAAUUUAACAAAAUUUUUAACUUAAAUUUACAUCUUUACCCAAUGUCAACUAUUCAUACUUAAUUCUUUAUAAUAUUUCUACUAAAGUCAUAUAACUUCUUUCCAGCAUCUUUCUAGCAUUCAUUAAUUUUAGAAUAUUUCUGUAGAUAAACUUUAAAUUUCUUCCAAUCUUCUUCCACCGACUCUUCUCCCUGGUCUCGGAUUCUGCCAGUCAUUUCCGCCAAUUCCAUAUAGUCCAUCAGCUUCAUCUGCCAUUCUUCCCUGGUAGGUAAAUCUUGUGUCUUCCAGUGCUUUGCGAUGAGUAUUCUUGCUGCUGUUGUAGCAUACAUGAAAAAAACUCUAUCCUUCUUUGGCACCAAUUGGCCCACCAUGCCCAGGAGAAAGGCCUCUGGUUUCUUUAAGAAGGUAUAUUUAAAUACCUUUUUCAUUUCAUUAUAGAUCAUCUCCCAGAAUGCCUUAAUCUGUGGGCAUGUCCAUCAAAGGUGAAAGAAAGUGCCUUCAGUUUCAUUGCAUUUCCAACAUUUAUUAUUGAGCAAAUGAUAGAUUUUUGCAAGCUUGACUGGUGUUAUGUACCACCUGUAAAUCAUUUUCAUUAAAUUCUCUUUUAAGGCAUUACAUGCCGUAAACUUCAUACCAGUGGUCCAUAACUGUUCCCAGUCAGCCAUCAUAAUGUUAUGUCCAACAUCCUGUGCCCAUUUAAUCAUAGCAGAUUUCACCAUUUCAUCCUGAGUAUUCCAUUUCAGUAGCAAGUUAUACAUUCUUGACAAAUUCUUAACUUUAGGGUCUAACAAUUCUGUUUCCAACUUUGAUUCUUCCACUUGAAAACCUAAUUUUUUGUCCUGAUUGUAUGCCUCCAUUAUUUGGUAAUAAUGGAGCCAAUCUCGCACUCUGUUUUUUAAUUUUUCAAAACUCUGUAAUUUUAAUCUGUCACCCUCUUGUUCCAAAAUUUCCCAAUACUUCGGCCAUUUGGCCUCCAUACUGAGUUUUUCUGAGCCUUUGCCUCCAUAGGUGACAGCCAUCUUGGGGUUUUAUUUUCUAACAAAUCCUUAUAUCUUAUCCAGACAUUAAACAAUGCUUUCCUUACAAUAUGGUUUUUUGAACGCUUUGUGUGCUUUGACCUUAUCAUACCACAAAUAUGCAUGCCAACCAAAUACAUUAUUAAAACCUUCCAAAUCCAAAACGUCUGUAUUUUCAAGAAGCAUCCAUUCUCUCAGCCAGCAAAAAGCGGCUGAUUCAUAAUAAAGUUUUAAGUCUGGCAGGGCAAAUCCACCUCUUUCUUUAGCAUCAGUUAAAAUCUUAAAUUUUAUACGGGGCUUCUUGCCCUGCCAGACAAAUCUGGAAAUAUCUCUCUGCCACUUCUUGAAACAGUCCAUUUUGUCCAAGAUUUGCAAUGAUUGGAACAGAAAUAACAUUCUUGGCAAUACAUUCAUUUUUAUCACAGCAAUUCUGUGCAUCUUAACUUGUUCUUAAAUUAUCUGCAGUUAAAGGUGUGAAUUGAAGUGGUCAGGUUUGCUUUUGGCACCAAGUUAUUUACUGUAGGAUGGUUAAAAGAAAAAAGGAAGAGAUAGCAAAAAAGCUCUGAAAGGGUCUUUCCCAACUAUGUGAAUGGGCAUUAAAAUGGAAAACGUGUUUCAAUGUGGUAAGGAGGCAUAAAGUGAUUCACAUUGGGGCAAAUAUACACUCCUGGGGUCUGAGCUCACUGGGACUGCCCAGAGAAGGGAUACUGAGUUUUUGGUGGGUAUUCCAAUGAAAAAGUCAGCCCAGUGUGUGGCUGCUGUGAAAAGGUGUGCUCCCUUUUGGGGAUCAAUAGGCGAGAAAAGAACUGCCAAUACUAUAUCAUAAUGUCUUUUUACAAAACCCUACUUAGAAUGGUGUGUGCAUCAUUCCCCAGAAUUCGGGGGUGUAAGCAAGAUAUUGUAGACCAGACCUAGAAAAGUUUCAGAAAAGGGAUAACCAAAACAAUUACGAGAUUGCAGCAAUCCCCCUAAGGAUAAAAAGGCUGCAAGCCAUGGUAUCUCUGUACGGCUUCCAGUGUACCGCUUCCAGUGAGAUAGCAUGCCUCUGGGAAUCAUGGGUUGGGAGAGUCCUGUUGCACUCAGUUUACGCCUCCACAUGCAGUUGCUGGGUGACCUUGGGCCAGUCACACUUCUCUGAAGUCUCUCAGCCCCACUCACCUCACAGAGUGUUUGUUGUGGGGGAGGAAGGGAAAGGAGAAUGUUAGCCGCUUUGAGACUCCUUAAAAGGAGUGAAAGGCGGGAUAUCAAAUCCAAACUCUUCUUCUUCUUCUUCUUCCCAUGGUCAUUUGGUUGGCCACAGUGGCAACAGAAUAUUAGACUAGAUGGGUCUUUGGUCUGAUCCAAGAGGGCUCUUAUUUUUAUGUUCUCAUGUGGCUGAAAAAAGAUAUACAUGAGCUGCUUGCGGGAACUGUGCGCAAGAACAAUCUCACUGCAGCUUUUAACAGACAGGUUCUUGGCAGUGAGGCCUUUGCACCUCAUUUUGCAAAACUGAGUCCUGUAUCAAUAGAAUAGAUGGAGCUUUGCCAGAUCCCACUAAAUGAAUUGUUUGACUCUUAACGUAUGGUUGCUCUUUUGUGUCCAAGUCAACAAAAUAAAUCAGCAAGGUUUACAAUACUGGCAUAUCGUGCCUUAUCCUCCUGAGAUAUUUAAUUAGCAAUUUUCUCUCCACAAUAAUUCCCUCUGCUUCCCUUUGUAAACAGUCAUAACCUACCAUAUGUUACCAAUAAUAUUAAUGAUUAUCCAUAUCAAAUGAUGCUUUGCAGAUUAUCUUGGUAGAAGUCAAUUUUAGAAAGCAGGUGUUUUGAAUUUCUCUCCACUUUUGACCUCUCCUUUUUGAUAACUAAUUUUUUGUGUGUUUGACAGAAUAUGAUCGACGAAGCUCCAGUUCUCAGGACUACGAAGAGUCCCGGGCAAUUUUAGCACAGAAGAUCGAAAAAGAAACGGUUAGCUGUGACUUUAAAAAAAACCAUACAAAACUUAUGUGGGAGGAUGAGAAAAGGCGAUGAACAGGGUGGAGAUGCAUUUUCUAAGGACGAAACCAAAUACAAUGUUAAUUCUGUGAACACAAGUCAUGUUCAGUUUUGUAAUGUAAAUAGCAGCUGUAGAGCCAAUGCAGUCUAAGGACCAUGAGGGUGGGAAGGAAAAGCUUGAUGUUGUCUCUUGUUGUCAGGGUCCCAACAAAAAAUUGCUUAUUUGAACCUGAUAUUUUCAUUUUAAGGGAAUCUUCCAGUGGUGCCAAUGGCAGGAAAUGAGAGAAUUAAACUCCCCCAACCACAUUACUCCUGAGGCUGCUCAGGCCACCCCCACAGGUGCUCUUUAUACACAUGUGUGUAUACACACACACACACACACACACACACACACACUCUCCCUGUGCACAUUAGCUGCAUUCACAGAAAUAGCAUCUCUUCUGGUUUGGUCUUCAGUGGCGAGGGACAGAAGGGACAAGGAGAGGGGCAUGCACAAGGCUCUGGCUCUCUUUCCAAUUUUAUUGUUUUUCAUUUCUCUCUUUGCAGCAAAUCCUAAACUGCACUCUAGAUGAUAUUGAGCUGUUUGUUGCCAAGCUUCAGAAAGCUGCAGAAGCAUUCAAACAGCUGAACCAAAGGAAGAAGGGAAAGAAGAACAAGAAGAAAGGUCCAGCAGGUAUAAAGGGGCAGACUGCCAGCUUCAGGGCAGGGGUGGGGAUCCUUGGUCUAGGAGACUUAGUUGGUCAGAAUCAAGGAUACACAGUGCAUUGGUUGCCAAAUGUGAAAUAUAUUGGCAUUAUUUUCAGCUCUACCAACCCACUAUUAAGAGUGCUGAGAGCUGCUGGUAAAGAUAACAUUAGCUAGGAGUUGUUGGGAGACUCCCAUUCCCUUCACAGAACUACAAUUCCCAGAAUUUCCUGAGAAGAGGGGUUAAUUGUUAAAUUGCUCUGGGAACUGCAGUUCUGUGAAAGGCAUAGGAGUCUCCCAGCAACUCCUAGCUAAUGUUAUCUUUCUAAAAACCACGUGGUUUUAACUUCCUCUCCUUUGUUUCUUUAUAUUCACUGUUGUUGUUGUUUUGCUUUAAAGAGGGAGUUCUGACCCUGAGGGCAAAGCCCCCAAAUGAGGCUGAAUUCGUUGACUGCUUCCAGAAAACAAAGCUGGCACUAAAUCUCCUGGUAAGAACCAAAAGGCACAAUAUAAUUUGUCUCUACAAUAGACAGGCAAUGGCUGUACUUCAUGCCAUCAUCUUAUACCAAGGAAGGAUUAUGCUUUUGCAUUCAAAGAACACGGUUUCUCCAUAUCAGGACACUAUCAAGGCUGUGUACUUAGCUCUGCUUGAGAAAAAGAAAGAUCAGAAGGCAGUACAACUUUCCUCCUGCACCAAAGCCACGCUUUCUCCCUGCCUACUGACUAGUCCAGUCAAUCAAAAAUGUACUGUUUAGCCAAAGGCCAUAACAAAUCUGAACAACACGUGGCCCACUAUUAACUUCUGCAAGUAUCACACUAUGGAGGAGAAUGCUGUUGGGGCACGCAUUGCUUGAUUGUCUGUGCAAGCCCUUAACAAGCCAUAAUCUGUGUGUCAUAUAAUAAAUAUCUCCUGCUAAUCCCCAUGUAGCUGAGUGGAAGAAGCACCAGUGCCAUGAAUAGGCUUGCCAUACGCCAGGAAAAUUCCUGACAUGCCCUGGUUUUUGAGUGUAAAAAUGGCUUCUGGGGGGCAGGGGGGUGAGCAGCUCAACAAUUUUGGAGUCUUCCUUAAAAAAGCUCAAUUUUACUUUUUUGAAAUGUGGCAACCCUAACCAUGAACAGUUUCUGAACCGCCCAUAUAUUUUCACAUGCUCAGUUGCCCCUAUAUCAGUCACAGUAGAAAUAGUUAAUGGGCAAGAUAUCAGUAAAGCAGAAUACUGUCAUGUAUUGAGGAGCCACUGUUUCCACUUCAACAAAGAGAGGCGUUGUUUGCCACUACAGCAAAUUCCCAGCAAUGUAAAUAAAAGGGGCAUUCAUCUGAAUGGCUGCUGGCUGCAUUUGACAUCCUCCUAAAUCCCUUUCAUUGUUUCCCUUUCCAACACAGCCCAUUUUAAAUACAAAUAUUUGAGGUUUUGGGUGCACCAGUGACCUGCAAUUUCUGUGGUAACAUUAAGACCACACUCUGUCACUGAAACAAGCUCUGUACAAGUUAAACUUUGAAAUCCAAACUAAUAUUUAGAUUGGAAGACUCUUGGUUCAAGGACCUGGAUUUUUUGCUGGUGUUACUCUAUAUAGUACCAUGUGUGUUGGUUGCUAGUGUAAUAUGAAUAAUAUCAGGAAUGCCUUAGGCCAGGGUUGCAGUGACAGGGGCAAACCUGUGACCUUCCAGGCGUUAUUGGACUGCAACUUCCAUCAGCCCCAUUCAGCAUGGCCAAUGGUCAGGGGUAAUGAGCAUUGUGGUCCAGCAGCAUUUGGAAAGCCGAGGUUUCCCAUUUCUGCUUUUAAACCUCAGUGUAGCACUGCCUGUUCAAUAUGCCGGAUAACUUACUGGGCUUGUAAUACUCAGGAAGUGUCCUCUUUUUUCCAGUUACAAUGAUAGAACAUAAGAACAUGCCCUGCCAGAUUGGAUCAGGGACUAUUAUUCCAAUGCUGUUUCCAACAGCAACCAUACAGAUGGCUCUGGAAGCUCACAGAUUGGGGCCAUGAGGUGAUGGCCACCCCUGUUGAUCAUUUGCAGCAUCUGUCACUCAAGGAUAUCUUUCCUCUCAAAAUGAAGGUUCCUUUUAACUAUCAUGGCCAGGCAUAGGCAAACUCAGCCCUCCAGAUGUUUAGGGACUACAACUCCCAUCAUCCCUAGCUAACAGGACCAGUGGUCAGGGAUGAUGGGAGUUGUAGCCCCAAAGCAUCUGGAGGGCCAAGUUUGCCUGUGCCUGAUCAUGGCUAAGAGCUGUUGAUAAGUCUAUCCUCCUCCUUCAUGAAUUUGUGUAGUCUUUUUUUUUUUUAAAAAAAAGCCAUCUUAGCCAGUGACCAACACAGUCUGGAGAAGUUGGGAGGUUGUUAGGCAAGAGUUAAUAAAUGACUACUCUUUAGUUUUCUGUGGAUUCAUUGUCUGGGUAGGAAUGGAUUGAUGCAGCUGUUUUAGUUUUAUUUGUGUGUGUGUGUGUGUGUGUGAUGUUAUUUCUGUGAAUUUACCCUGAGAGUGUUUUUCUGUCGUAAAAUAUAGCUUAACACCUAAAUAAUAGCAGAGAGCUAACAUAUAAACUCUCCAGUUAUGAUAAAGCUUGACUCCCAUGCCAGCUAAACCUUGCUUCAAGGUUUGGAAUUACAGCUAAAUAUUUCUGCUUUUCUGAUUUGAUUUCAUUUCUGACUAUGAAAAUUUAAGAAAACAGUGAUAUCUCUGUACCUUAGGGCCUGUAAGACAACUUGUUUAUUAAGCAUACAUCCUGAUUUGUUUGCAGGCAGAUUAGACAACAUUGGCUAUUUAAUGAGCAUCCAUUUUCAUUUGUGGAGAGGUUUGAUGACAUUGCACCAAAUGAUGUGUUCUCUCACAUCUCCAGUGCAUUUUCCUGUCACUUUCCUUAUUGCAAAAAGUCUGAUAUUUUGGAGCAGUGAGCUUGUCGCACAAGACCUCCCAAUCAACUAUAAUUGCACAAACUGAAUUUUCCAAUGUGUGGUUGAAUCCUACUUGAAAAUAGCAAUAGUGUGGAAGCACCCUUAGAAUCAGCAAAUCAAAUUUAGUUUAAACCUGAUUUCAUUUUCCCCCUUUUUUAGGCCAAACUGAGAAAACAUAUCCAGAAUCCAAGUGCUUCAGAAUUAGUGCAUUUCCUGUUUGGACCAUUGGAAUUGGUAUAAUUGUCUUUACUAUAUUAUCUCAACAUUCUUCCUUAUUCAUUGCUACCAUAAUAGUCGCCUGGCAUAGAGAGUAAUAACCCAUUUAAGGGUACAUCUUAUUACUGAGGUUCCAUUCAGAAAUCGCCUAUAAAUUAACAAAUGUUAAACAUGUUUUUAGGUAUAUGUAACAUUUUUAUAACUAUAAACUUUCAUUGGACAACGACCUCUGAUUUGUUCCAAAGGAUUACACUGGAGGAUUGAAGUGAGUCAAAAGAUGGCCAGAAACUCAUGACAAAAGACUGAGGCUCUUAGUUCAGUUUCUCCCAUUGCUACAGCACUGGGAUGGGAAAAACCUUCACUUGGUGAAAUCCUUUGCUGAGCAGGAACUCUUGUAGUAAUCUUUACAGGCUCUGCAUGUCACAACCCUAUGCCAGCUUGCUCAGGGUAGCUAAAUUGGUGGGUGAUGGAGGUCUAUUUUCUGCUACAAAUGCUACUAAAAGGGGUAUGGUAAUCAUGUUGUGAGAACUCAACAAGCAGAAUUGGCAUUAAAGAAUGUAGACAGUACACUACCUCCUAUUCAUCACCCAAUGGCUGCAUAAAACCUAUUGGAAUGGCUCUGUGAUGUGUCUGGCAUAACCCAUGUUGUGCUAUAAGUGCUAAUGUGCAACACCUUGUUUAUAUAGUGAAGAUUAAAGUGAAAACCUGCUCCAUGUUAACUUUGCCAAGUGUGCUUGCAGCUAAAAUGUGGGAGUACAGUGAAGAUUCAAUUCAGGAGCUAUCCUGAGAAUUUUGGAAAUAGCCCACUGAACUGCUUGAAUUUGACUAUCCAUUUUGCUUUUUAGGCUUUCCAUUAGCCACCCAGUAUAAUACUUUCAGUAGACAGUUGGGGUCUGGUUUUCUUUCAAACAUCUUGAAACACCUUUGAAAAUCCUCUUAUGUGAUUUCUCAUAUGUUAUCCAGAUAGUCAAUAGCUGUGGAGGUCCUGAAGUUGCAAGGUCUGUUGUCAGCCCACUUCUUUCUAGAGACGCCACAGAUUUCCUGAAAGGGCAUCUGACACCAAAGGAGAUGACGCUGUGGGAGUCCUUGGGGGAGACUUGGACAAGGUCAAGGUUAGUUUCAAGGAGAGAACCAGAAGAGAAUAUAAAGUUGGCUGAAGCUGGUGAAGGAGAGAGCCCCUUGAGAGAUCACAUGAACAGAAGCAUUAACUGGGUCAAUAAUGUUCAUUUUCUUUAGAAAAUAAUGUGCAUUUCUUUAGAGAAUAUCUCAACUUGCAGUAUCGGCUUAAAACUUUAUGAAGGGGUUCUGAAACUAUAUUUUUCUCUGACACAAACAACACACAUACACAGAAACCUGUGUAUCAAACCUGUGUAGAAACCUAUCAAUGUUUCUAAAGGUACUGGAAGCAAAACAAAAACAAAACAAAAAUUUAGAUUGGAGUCCAACAGUAGGUGUUAAGAGACUGAAAACUGGUUUUGUGAGUAGCAAUGCUUGAUUUGCUUCUCUUGUGUGUACACUACACAAUUCUCUUUCCACCCGAAGAAUUUUUAACCAUUGAAAAACCUGUAAAACCUGUUUACCAAAACCCAAAGUGGGGUGGGUGUCUACACCAUGGGCAGCAAUUUGCCUUUCAAUCUAUAUUCAACUCUACAGGGGGGAAACACUCUGUCUCCAGUGUUAUUUGGUCACUUAAGUCAAUUGGUGACCUAAAAGCAUCAGUCUGCUGACUUCUAAAAUAAGUGUUGGACUUUUAUAAUGACAACUGUAGCCUAGAAUAGUACAGUGGGCCAUAAGGUUCUUUCAGCAUAUAAACUUCUUCUCAAUGUGUUUCCAAGAGCUGAGUGGCCAAGAGAAGCCAACAUCCCAAGCUAUAUUCCAAAGUUCCGCAACGGAUGGGAGCCACCUCUAGAAAUACUCCGUGGAGCCCCUUGGGAAAUAGAUAUUGGCCACCUGCAAGAUGAGGUGAGACUCAGGCUUAACUCCACCCCCUCCUAAUUUCUCUUCUUUCAUCUUAUUCAUUUAGUGGGCUGAAUACUCUGCAAGCAUACAAGUAGGCAGAUGUAUGACUAAUAAAGGAAAAAUUAUUCCAAUGAAAUGCCUACUUCUUUUUGGUAUUCCUAUUGUUCCUCGCUUGAAUAGAUGAUCAAAGACACACUGAGAGCUGUUUAUACUAGAGUAACCUAACACAAUCUAGCUGGCAACACACAUAUGCAGAAGCAGCCUUCCAUAUGCAUAUCUCUACCUGCAAAUGGGAAAUGCACAAAUGGAUGUUCUGUGUGAUGCUGAAAGAAAUCCUCCAGACCAGUGAGAUUAUUAGCCUUAAUGGGAGGGAAGGAGUUGAAUUAAUUGUACCUCCAGUUCUCUUCCUGUAACCUCAUGAAAGGCACUGUCACUAAUCAUCUGGCUAGCACUGCAUGUCUGCAGCCCUGAUUGCUGGAUGGCAUUUUGCAGCAGCACACUAUCAGAGGUCAUUGUUCCAGUUUUGUUUCCUCCUUUUCAAUGAUAGAAUGUAUUGUAGCAAUAUUGGUCAAAUUGCACCUGUAUAAAAAUCAAAUAUUUGAGCAGAGAAUCAGACCUAUGGAGGCGACAAAUUAAUAUGCCAGGAACUGAAGAACCCCCAGAUUAUCACCUCUUGCAAUUAAUUUGAAUCAGAAGUCCACCAGCUGUGUACAGUAUUUUAGCUUAGGAAAUUUAUUGGGUGGGAAAUGGUGAUGAUCAUGAUGCCAUUGCUUAGUAGUAGUUUUGCAUGCUGAAAUUACCCCAUGUUCAAUCCCUGGUAUCUUAUGGUAUCAGGAAACAGAUAACUGGAAAGAUUUCUUUCUCAGAUCCUGGAUAGUUGCUGCAAGUCGGAGUAGACAAUAAUGAGCCUCAGGAGACAAAUUAGCUGAUCUAGUAUAAGAAAGAUUCCUAAAUUGUUUUAAAACUUCACAUUUGAGUUCAUCAGCUUCAGGGAAGUGGCACCUAAUGUCAGGGGUGCUGUUUGGAAAUUUUACUGCAGGCCUCCUAUCACCUGCCGCUUUCCACAAUUUUGCAUUUAAACCCCUUUAAAAAAACCAAACACAACUUUGCUUAUAGGACAGCUGGGGACACUACGAAGUGCAAUGCUGGCGAGAUGCCAGCUAUCCUCUGCUUUAAUUUCUCUGAGUCAUUAUACAUUUAAAUUUGCAUAUCCAAAAUGUUAUACAGAUUUGUGUUCUGGAUUGUGUCACUAGCAACACUUUGCCCAGUGGUGUUUAUGAAAUACUACACUAUAUUCAUGUGAGAAGCAAACACAGUGGGUUAAAAAAAAGUAAUAUUACACAGAUAACUGGAAAGACACAGACACACAGGUUUCAAAGGUCAAGUAGAUGUUCAUUGGAAGAACAGGAGGCAUUCAUUGCUGAUACCAAACCCUGCCCCAGAAGUGAAACACUUGUUACCCUUUGUACUGUUGCAUUGACUCCCAAGUAAAGUCUCCUUCAAACACAUGUGGCUGCUGCCAACCACCACACCCACCUUGCUGUCAUUUGAUCUUCUGUCUUCUAAUGCAAGAAAUAGAGUGAGCACUGCCUGGCAGGUAAAUUAUUAGUGUUGUCUUAUUUGUACUUUGAGAGGCUCAAACAGCUGCUUUCUAGUCAGUGGAAAGCUACCCCGAUCUGGCUCCUUCUUCUAGAAAGAGGCAUAAGUUAUAUCGCUACAUUUCAGUUUCAUGACUUUGAAUGCUGAGAAUGUUUGCAUGCUGUAUCCCAGUUUGGCAAUAAUAUUUCUUCCAUUUUAUCUAAGCUGUCAUCACCUAAUGGAUAUUCCAGCCGGAACAUAAAGCCUGUCCAGACAUCUGAUCAAAGUCCAGCAGUGGAUGCUUUUGCUCAACAUGUUACUCAACAUGUGAACAGGUAAUUUCUAGCAUAUAGAAUAGAAUAGACCAGGUGUUUCCAAUGUAUGUCCACCAACCACCAGUGGUCAAUGAACUUAAUUUAGGUGGUCUGUCCUCUUUACUGACAGCUGCAUCUAGAGAAUGAGUAAAUGCUAACACAAUGAUGCCAGCUCACACUUUUCUUCAGCUAUAUGUUACUGUGGAAAUGUGAGUCAGUGACACCCAUGUAUCAACCUGUAGUGUAGGCCUAACUACCUGGUUGUGGAGGGCAGAAAUUAUCCUUAAGGUUUCCAUUCUACUGGUCCCAACUAUUCCUUCCAAUGACUCACUAUGUUACUGGCAUGCUUCACACAACGUAAACAUAGCUCACAUUCUCCUGCUUAUUCCUAGCUUUUCUGAGAACUGCUGGAAAAGAUUACUACCUCCCUUCCUGUCUAGUAUGUUAGGCCUCCCUGUGUCUUGAUUCCAAGUUCUGGUGCACAAAGAUGACUUCAUCCUUUAACCAGUUAUGAGGUUUUGUGAGGGUUUAUUGGUGGGAAUGCCAAACGUUGUCCCAAGUCAGCAAGACUGAACAAAGAACACAAGAAGAAUUCUCAUAGCAAGCUCAGAUAUUAAUGCAAAGUGUAUACAGUCGUACCUUGGAAGUCAAACGGAAUCCGCUCUGGAAGUCCGUUUGACUUCCAAAUUGUUCAAAAACCAAAGUGUGGCUUCUGAUUGGCUUCGGGAAGCUCCUACAGCCAAUCAGAAGCUGUGGAAGUCCCGUCGGACAUUCAGCUUCCAAAAAUAGUUCACAAACCAGAACAGUCACUUCCGGGUUUGUGGCGUUCAGGAGCCAAAACUUUCAAGAACUAAGCUGUUCAAAAACCAAGGUACGACUGUUUAUCACAUUACCAAUGAACCACAUUACCAUCUGAUAAAGGCUUUGAGGAGGGUUUUUAAAAGUGAAUGUAUUAGAGGGAUCUUUAGUGGCUAUGCAGGAAAAUUCUUACAUUCAAAUACUAAUAAAUACUAAUACUAAUAAUACUAAAAAUACUAAUAAAAAGUAGUAGAGUAAUGAGGUAUGUUUCCCAUGAAAGAUGUUGAUAUAAGCCUAAGAAAGCUUUUGAUUAAUAGAAGGGAAUAAUGGGUGCUUGAGAAAAGUAUUAUUAUUAAGUGUUCUGAAACUAUGCAAGUGGCAAGUGAUAAAAAAUACUUGUGUUUUAUCUCAGCCUGUAAACCUGUCCUCAAAUAAUACUGUAUUGUGUUGUUGUUUUUUAAAUAUCAGCCAGGUAAGAACUUUCAAGUCUCAGUGACUCUGAUCCAGCUCCAAUAUAUGGCAUACAAAUGCUAGAGUCACCGUAUUAGUCUCUGCCAGGAAGCACACCCACAAAAGUGGCAUCUGAAAGACUUGCAUUUAAAGCUUAUGGCACAAUGAAUCUUUAAGGUACUAAAAGAAGGUAUAUGCUAGAGGAACAGAUGGUCCUGACUGAGAAAGUACAUCCACAUCCAUCACAAAAGAUGCAGUCCCUUCUGCCACCGUACACUUUCUCUUUCAGCUAGUACAAAGUGGUCUUAAAAAAGCGUGACACACUUUCCAGCGCCAAUAUCCUUUCAGAUUCCUGGGUUAGCAUGAAAUAAAUUAAGAGAGCUAUUGUGAUUUGAAUUAGAAUUUUAUUUUAAUGGGUUAUAUUUUUAUUCAACUUCGUUUACUGUUUGUUUUAGUAUUACGGUUUGCUAUGGUUGCAUAGAACCAUAUGUUGUUGUUGUUGUUGUUAGGUAAAGUGGUCUAUAUACUAGACUAAAAUGGAAAAGUUCUCUGAUAUAUCUUUUGAUUUCAAUACGUUAUUUUAGAUUAGAUGGUUUUUAUUUCAACAGGUAGAGGAGGCCAAUCAUAAUCCCAUUAUGUCUUUAUUGCAGGAAUUUUGAGGCACAGGGUAUGGCCCCGUCAAAGAGAUAUGCCAAAAUCCGCUAUGAUUUCACUGCUCGAAAUGCCAAUGAACUUUCAGUGCUGAAGGAGGAAAUUCUGGAGGUAAAAGAAUGGAACAAGUGCAGAAACACACCAUAGAUUUAAAGCACACCUGACACAAGUUUAAAGCACAUGACUUACCCAAAGAAUCCUGGGAACCAUAGUAUUCCCCUCACAGCGCCACAAUUUCCAGCACCCUUAAACUACAGUUCCCAUGAUUCUUUGAGGGAAGUCAUGUGCAUUAAAUAUACUUUAAAUCUAUGAUGUGGAUCUGCCCCAAGACAUUAUUAUUGGAAAGGGUCAGUUGAUCACCCUUGCCAUGCACCAAUCCUUCUGCCCUCCAUGACAAUAAUGCUAUAUAGAAUAUAUUGUUACAAGAAAGAAGAUUCCAACUAAACAUCAGCGGGAACUUUCUGGCAGUAAGAGCUGUUUGACACUUCAGCAGAUGCCAGCAAGAGGAGGUGGGCUCUCCUUCCUUGGAGGUUUUUAAGCAGAGGUUGGGUGGCCAUUUGUCAUGUAUGAUCUAGUUGAGAUUCCUGCAUUGCAAGGGGUUGGACUAGAUGACCCUUCAGGGUCCCUUCCAACUCUACAGAAGGAGAGAGCAUACACUGUGUGUGCAGAAUUCACAACAAUACACUACGUUAAACUAAAGUGUUGGAGAGACUGCACAUACGGCUCACAUUCUCUAUUUUUAAAGGGAUGAAUCAGCAGAGAACUGAAGGCAAUGUGGUUUGGGAGAGGGAGACCAAAAAGCGGAGGGAAGAAGUGGAUGUAAAUUUACCUGUUCCUUUUUAGCAAGACCUUCCUAUAGGCUAUGCAGGUAUUUUGGAGCAAAAGUCUUUACAGGUUGUUUAGGAUAGGAACAGGAAGAGUAAGUGCUGCAUAACAUAAGCUUGAUGCUUUCCAGUAUAUUGGUGAAAGGAAAGAAAUAAAAAUGGCAAAGGAGAUACAUAAAAGUCAUCAUAGAAACACAGAAUUGUGGAGUUGGAAGGCACCACAAGGGUCAUCUAGUAGUCCAACCCCCCGCAGUGCAGGAAUCUUUUGCCCAAUGUGGUGCUUGAACCAUGAAUUACUUUUUCCCAGCUGAUGAGUAUUUUUUUAACAUUUGCAGGUGUUGGAAGAUAAUAAACAGUGGUGGAAGCUGCGAAAUAGAAGUGGGCAGGCUGGUUACGUCCCAUUUAACAUCUUGGAUCUGGUGAAACUGGAGGAUUAUGGGCUAAUUGAACAGGUGAGAUUUAGCCAUCAAUUCACUGCAAUCAGACUCUAAAGCAGUUACUUUAAAUAAUCACCAACUCACUCUGAUAGUGUUUGUCCUAGCUAUAAAUUCGUCUUAAAUAUAAAUGAAUGUGAAUAAAUAAAUUUGUGCAUGUGUUCAGUCUUGAAUGCCACAUGAACCUGCAAUGUAGCCAUACAUUUGAUUAUUUUUAUUAUAGGGAGAUCAGACGGGCAUAUAUAGUUCUCUUCCCCAAUUUUAUCCUCAUGGCAAUCCUGUGCACAACCUUCUUAUGGUUCUUUUGAGUUGGGGCUGGCAGCCUUUCAAAUAGACCACUGUCCUCUCACAGGACUGUCCUCUGUAAAGAAUAUGUGACCUAAUGCCUUCGCAUAAAUAGCCAAAGGCCCAUCUCCACUGUCAGCUGUACCAAGUGCCCAACAGCAGUCUAGCAUGUUGGAGUUACCAGGAUGCUCAUCAGCUGGCAAUUAGGAAUAUCUGGGGUCAACACAGAAUGAAAGUGGAGACUCCAUAGAUCAUGCAGCAGCAGCAGCAGCUAGAAGGAGGAGGAGGAGGAGGAGGAGGAGGAGGAGGAGAAGUGGCAGUGCUGUGAUAGUUCAGCUCUUAUAGAUCUUCAUCCCAGCAAUUGGGAAUGGAAGACAGUAGGAAUGUGUUUAAAAGGAAAGCAUUGCACAAUGAGACACCUUUUUAAAUUUUUAGAAAUACAAAGGAGACUUGAGUCCAAGGGGAACUGGACCAUCUAGCCCCUCACAUAAGUUACCUGCCAGCUAUGCUGGGGAAAUGCUCGCCCGAAAUUCUCCUGAUGCCAAAGAACGUAAGUAUACAAUUGUCGGAAUGCCUAGCACUCUGAACAAGCAGCAUUUUAUAUUUUCUGGCAUGGUAUGCAACUGAUAUUAUAAAGGCCAAAACCCCUGAUCUUUAGUCUGAACACUUCAGCUAAAAACCACAUCAUGUGCGAAAAUUUGUACUUUGGUUUCAACUUCCAAAAUACAAGGGGUGGGGGGAAUACCACGUAUAGCAUCACACAUAUGUAUAAAGGGCAACUUGAAAAUUUACAUUAUUUAAUGCAGCCUCGAUCCUUGCCCAGUUGCUGGAAUGAAAGACAUGUGAUUUGUACAUCAUGAUAUUUUUAACUAAUCUGAGAACACAUAUUGUGCACAUAUAAGUGUCAAAACCUUAGAUCAAAAUGUUACAUAAGAAAUGGCCCCUGGAUAUUUGAUGUUCUCUUCCUCUCAGUUAAAAUGUUCAGUGUGUGCCAUCACUUUAAACAUAAAUUCUGGUGGGAGUCGUUAAAAUCAGUCAUCAUAACUGUAGACUAACUGCAAAUGACAUGCAAAUACUCACAGAAUAACCUUAGCCCUAUUCAUUUUUUAAAGAGAAGAACUUUCAGGGGAAGGAAUUUGGAGUGGUAAAGGUGUGGGAGCGGGGUGCAUAUUGCUCUCCCUAUUCCAUACCAUGACUCCUAGCUACUUUUCUCCACGUGGGGAUUAACAUGUGCAUUUAGCCAUACAAACACCUGGAGGUGAACUUGGAGCAGAAAAAAUGUGGGUGGGGAAAGGAUUAGGCAUUUGUUUUUCAUGUGUACUUAACUCCACAGGAUAGCUGCAGAAGUAAUACUGCUUGCUUAUCCUAACCUGAAUACUCACCUCUAUUUACCUAAAUUGGUUAAACUGAUAUAAAAGGGUAACUCUUCAAUUUGAACAAAUUGGUUUUCAUUUGUGCUUUGUAGGGCUGCAAAUUUCAGACCAACCACCUAAAGCUUUAGCUGAAGUAAUGAUUGGGGGAUGAUUUUAAUUAGUGAGGUAAAAAAAAUUAAGCAAUGCAGAUGAGAGAGAACUUGUUAUUUUUGGAAGCAAUAUUGGUUCUGGUGUGUUUGUUAAAAUAGAUGGUAAGGAAACUAAUAAAGUUGGCUUUCUUUCUAAUAACAAAUGGUUGCUUUUGUUUGUUAAAUUCCAAGUUCUUGUUCAUUCUUCAGUAUGUAGAAGCCUAUGAAGAUUUGGUAAUUCGCAAAUACAUUUAAAUUUUAACCAAUUAAUUGACAGAGAUAGAUGAGUAAAUAAUUGUUCAUUGAAGAAUUGUUCAUUAAUCACUUUGACAACCCUUGUACUCUCCCUCCCCUUCUCUCCAAAUUUAUGUGUUGUUUUUAGAAUUGAUUCAUCAUAUGGAUGAGGUCAAUGAUGAACUGCUGAAAAAGAUCACCAAUAUCAAAGUACAACCACCCCAGAGAAACUUUAAAGUAGAGAAGACUCAACAGGUUCAUGUGCCCCUGACCUUUGAAUCCAACGCUGAGGAGGUCAAAGCAUGGCUGGAAGCAAAUUCUUUCAGCAAAGGGUGUGUUCCUUUUUCUUUUUUCAUUAUUUUUAUUCAAUUUCCAAUACAAGAUUUAAACAUACAUUUUCAAUAUUAUCACAGAUACAUAAUUUUGACUUCCUUCAGCUCAUCCGCGAAUCUUCCGUUUUCUAAUCUUCUAUCCGCAAUUCUAAAUUUAACAUUGCCUUUUGUUUUAAAUAAUCCUAUUCCCUUGUUCCCUUUUUUACAGUGUUUCUAAUAUUAUUUCUUCACAAAGCUUCCUGUAAACCCACAAACGUUAUUUGCGUAUCACAUAUGCUUUUCAUAUAGUCCACAAAUUUACUCCAGUCCUUGGUAAACUUGUGAUCUCGUCGGUUCCGGACCCUUCCUGUUAAUUUAUCUAAUUCUGUGUAGUCCAUGUGUGUGUUCCUUUUUCUACUCUUCUUUCAUUCUCCUCUUGUAUCAUGCGAGGUGAACUUGGAACAGCAGAAUAAUAAGUUUUCUUAAUAACUAAGUUACUUGCACAGCAGGGGUGCGGGGAGAGAAGAAAUUCAGAAGGGAGCCCUGCACUCCAAACCACAUGUUUUCUCAGGUCUCUGUUGUUUUGAGAACUUCUUUCUUCUAUCUUCUUUCUUCUGGUAUAGUCCAGCUGGUUGGAGAAGGGGCAUUUCAGAGGAAGACAAUGUAAAACUUGUUUGCAGAUCACUGGGGUGUGUGUGCUUAGUUUUACUCUAGUAGCAAGAGAAUGGGUUGUGUUACCUCCACAGUUAAUAUUGCAAUAGUCAGAAGUUAAUAUGCCAUGAAAGUGAUGAAUGGGCCCUUGGACAGUCUGUUCAUUACGCAGUGGUACCUCAGGUUAAGUACUUAAUUCGUUCCGGAGGUCUGUUCUUAACCUGAAUCUGCUCUUAACCUGAAGCACCACUUUAGCUAAUGGGGCCUCCUGCGGCUGCCGCACCGCCAGAGCACGAUUUCUGUUCUCAUCCUGAAGCAAAGUUCUUAACCCGAGGUACUAUUUCUGGGUUAGCGGAAUCUGUAACCUAAAGUGCAUGUAACCUGAAGUGUAUGUAACCCGAGGUACCACUGUAUAGGGGUGUCAAUACAGUGUCAGGUUGAACCAUACAGAUGGGAGCAUUAUAUUUACCUAGAAUAGCAUACAGAGGUGGCAGCACCCACACUGCUAAAGGGGCUGAAGAAAGGGGUCUAAAAGUAUUUACCAUCAUGUGCUCUAAAGGUUCCAUAGUCAUGGAGCUAAGGCUCUUCUCAAAUUUCUUACACCUCGAGCACUGAGAAGCUGGCUAAGGGGCCUUCUCAUAUGAGCUUUGAGGUCCUGUUUAAUGAAACUUAAGAAUGGAGGCCAAAGUUAUGAAACAUAACCAAAUUACCUGUACAUUCAGAAACCUACUUGGCAGCUAUUGGACUUUGAGGGACAAGAUGUCAUUGAUGGUCUCUUGUCUUUUUAUUUAACCUCUCAAACCUAAUAAGAAUUUAAAUAAAGCUACUUGCUUAUGUUUUCCCAGAACUGUGGACCAUCUUGGCAUACUAACAGGGGCACAACUUUUCUCUCUGAACAAAGAAGAGUUGAAAAAAGUAUGUGGAGAAGAGGGUGCCAGAGUGUAUAGUAAAAUCACAGUGCAAAAAUCUCUCCUAGAGGUAAGAUGGCACAUUAUUUAUUAGGACAAAAAUAUUAAAUGGUUUCAAGAUGGUAAACAUUUGAAGGCUGCAUCAAGAUUGUAAAAAGUGGGUAACAUUGUUAUUGAAGCUAGUUCCUCCUACAGAAAGAGAAAUUGUAGUGCUUGGACUAACAGACUUUGUUUCUCUGGUACAAGAAUUCAAACCAAUUUGCUGUUGUAAAUAAGCUCAGGGCAGAAGCAGGCAUUCAUUAAUUUUCCACAUUCAAAGCAGAAUGUGAAUUUUCAAAGCAAGAUACAUUUUUCAAGGAGCUGAGGAGGUUUGUUCACCAACAUUUUUAAACUUCAUUGUCAAUACUAGGUUACUUGACAUGGCCUGUGUUUUACUGUGAUGUUUCAUUGGAAUGUGCAGGGUUGCCAGGUUUUAAGCAACCCAAAAACAUUUCAGAAAAAGGAGUGACUGAAAUGCAAUGGUAGUUUCAAAAAACAGUAACUCAAAAACUAGUUGCUCAACUCAAAAACUUUAGACACCACUUAAAUAUACAUGUUUGACUGUUUGACAGAUAAGUGAAUAUCAUGAGUAAAUAUGCUCUCAUGCCCGUGGUACAUUUUAGGGCCUAAAAAUUGCCCAUUGUAUCAGGUUGGAGAACCUGUGGUCCUUUGGAUAUUAUUGGACUCCACCUCCCAUCACUCCCAGUCACUAUGGCCAGUGAUCUGGGAUAAUGUGAGUUGGAGUCCCAUAACAUCUGGAGGCCCACACUUGCCUUAGUCUUCUUUAGCUGUAGUGAUCUUCAGCUAUAAGCUAUCCUGAUUCGUGAUAUAUUGUAGUCUCUAUGUAUUGAUGUAUAUCCCAUCUCUGAAAGGAAUUGUGUGUUGAGCUAACAUGAUAUAGUAUAAAAGUUAUUGAUGCUACUGUCAAUGAGUGAUUAAUAUACUUGUGUGCAGUAUUCCUGAGAUUUUAUUCAAAAUGUACCGGUGAAUUUAUCUGUGCAGUUAUUCCUUUGACAAUCAGCAAGCAAAGCUGGAGGAAUGGCAACCAUAAUAUGGACCCUAAGAUAGUGAUGAAAUAAGUGGGGAAGUAGUGGAGAAUUGGCUGGUUGUGCAGGAGUUUUAUAGUUAAGCAAAGUGUAGAAGACUUGGUUUUAGUGCAAAAUGUUGCAGUGACAUCAAGCGUUUUUAUUGAGAAACAGAUAUGAAACCCACAACUUCAGUGUUUAAGGCACAAUAGUUUCUGUAGGUCACAGCUGUGACCUUUCACCUCUGUUCCUUCCUUUCAUCUUUCACCAAAGUCACUCAAAUUAGAAAUUAGAAAUGUAUAGUAACUCAAAGGUCACUGAAAAGUUUGCAUUCUUUAUCUUUUGCUUUUAUUCCAGAAAAGCAGAGGGGAGUCGGAGCUUCAAGAAAUCAUGAAACGACGCCAAGAAAGGAUUGAUUCUGCUAUUUAA